GGGAAUAUGCCACUCUGUUUCUGGUGGGCUCCUUCUUCCUGUUGGACUACAGCUCCCAAACACCCCUGCAGGCUCAGCUACAGAGCAGAACUAGAGCUGGAGGGAUGUCUGCCAGGGGUGGACUUGGGGGUCAUACAGCUAGGGUACCUUCAGGGGAAGUGACAUCAUCAGAAGGCAGGACGAGGCUCAGGGGACAUAGGAGGUCCAGGGCCCAGAGAAUUAAAAGAGGAUGGGUGUGGAACCAAUUUUUUGUCCUGGAGGAGUACAUGGGAUCAGAACCACAGUAUGUUGGAAAGGUAAGCAGGUUCGCGCACACACUCUCACACACACCCACCCACACACACACACACACACACACACACACACACACACACACACACACACACACACACACACACACACACACACACACUAGCAGUACUCUGUUGGCAAGUGGUAAAUAUUUUAAGUUCAUUAAGAUGUAAUAUUUUAAGUAGAUUCUAUUGAUGUAAUACAUUGUGUACAAAUAACUUUCACAGUCCAGUACAGUAAUUUAGUAUUCAGAAGUAUCUUUAAAUCAAAUCAUUUAAAGUACGUAUGAAGAAGACAUAAGUAAGGAAUUUAAAAGAAAAAAAAAAAGAUUGAACUUAAUAAACAUUCAGUCAGUUGAACACAUGUUUUAAGUAGUGUCACUCAAAAAAUGAUCAACAUAACUUAAAGGUUCUUAUGUGAUCAGAAAAUUUUGAUUAUUUUAUUUAUUAAUUUUGCCAAAAUUUUGAGUUUUCUGGACUUGUUCCGGUUUACAGAGUAGUAUUGGCACAUUUUGUUGUCAUGUGUUGCAAUUCCAAGAUCACAAACACAGAUGCAUGUUGACAUCUCGCCCUUUGUGAGGCCACAGACUGAACAAACUGCACAGUGUUCACAAGAGUGAUCUUAAUUCAUUAUAAAGCUGUACAUACCGAGUAUGUCUGUAGUACACUACAUUUUAUAAAGGUUGUCUGUGAGUGUUCAGUGUUGAGUGGUGGUGAGGCCUGUCAUUAUCAACCCUUCAUAUUACACUUGUGAUGCACUGUAAAGAUGGCAAAUGGAGUCUCACUCUUAUUCAGAAGAAAAAAAAAUUAAACAACUCAAAAUUACUUUGACUUUUUCAUUGUUUAUAACAAACUGAGGUUAAAAUGGUAUGUAGUUAAAAGGAGUUUAACUUCUGCCAUCCUUUCUGUGGUGAUCCUAAAGAGGGAAACUGAAGCAUUACAGCAGAUCCAGCCUAUCUGAGGACAAUAAUGCAUGCUAAUGUAGAAGUUUCAAGCUCAUGCUUGAUGAGUUGAUGAUUGAUUUCCAUCACCGCCCUCUGUAGGUAGUAAUAUUAGAUUACCAUCUGGCUGAUAGUGCUUUAAAUCUUGUUAAAAAGUGAAAUACAUGCAGGCAAUUCAAGACGUCUUUUGUCAAAAUGAGAGGUAAGAGACUGAUUGAUCUUAAAAAAGUGACUGAGCUGUGAGCUCAAUAUAUAAGCAAAAGUGCAUUAAACUUUGGUGCUUUUGUCUUUUACAUGUUCAUUUUUGAAUUUAGUGAAAGGUCUCAGACUGAGUGUACUUGAAGUCGUAUGCAUGUCAACAUUCUUGUUUAAUUUUGUUAUACUUAGCACAAAUUAAGAAAACUGAACACAUAAUUAACCUGAAAAGGCAUUCUUUUUCUUUUCUUUUUUUUGAAACAGAGGAAUUAGCUUUAUUGAAGGAAUCAGUAAGUUGUGUCGUAGUUUAGAAAAUGAACAUGGAAAAGAAUGGUGAUAAAACUGAGACGGUGAUUCUACCAUUAAAAAAAAAGAAAGUGAUAUGAUAUUGUUGAUGUAUUUCCCAGCCCUUGUUUCAGUGUUUCUUUGUGUUUUUAUGAAUACAGGCUUUAGUAUAAAAGUAAUCAAAAUGAGUGUGAAUAGUAACUUUGCUUUUAAUCCCUUCAUGACCCCCUCAUGGGGAAUAGAUAAUCAUUAACCUCAUAGAUCUCAGACUAAGUGUUACAUUCCUGAAUCUCAGCAUUUGAUAAGACGGUGGCCUUACCCCUGGGUGUGAACAAAUUGUGCUGUUUGUUCUUUUUGAUGAGACAUCCUCCCGACUGUCAGCUGUGGUGACAGAUUUAUGGUGUGGAUCAGGUUUCCAGCCCUUUAAACCUCUCUUUAUCUUUGACAAGAGUGUUUGUGGGGUUAGUGCAGGCUGAGGUGGGGGGGUUAUCCUGAAGCCUCUCACUCCUCUUUGUUGUGUGAGUCUCCUCAAUCAAUGGCAAUUCACUCUUUAAUUGAAGACAAUAGCAAAGUGGAGGAAGUAAGAAAGUCUGAGAGAUAAAUAACACCCUAAAGACUCUCACUCAGGGCAAGCUUUAGACAACACAAUGUUUCUUAGAUGAUGUUAACUCCUCUCUGAGCCAAGAGUGAUGACUGUGCACGGCCAGGCUCUCCUAGUUUAUCUACGAAGAAACCAAAUGCAUCAAUGUUGACCUGUAGGCUCACACCUAUUGGUUUAACAUGAUGUGAGUAUGAAUGACAUGGCUUUAAAGGAAAUUUUGGUGUUUUUACUGGAUAUUUUGAUUAAUGAUUUUAUACACUUUACAUGUUUAAGUAACUCUUAAGUAAUCUCUUCAAAUGGAGUUAGAUUUUUUUUUUCUGGAUGAAAAAUGAUGUGUUAUUCGGUUACAUUUUUAAUGCUCUACACACAGAGGAACUACUGUUCUAUAGUAAAAACUGAGCUGUGUUGAUUGAACACACUCUUAAAUCCUCUUAACACAAAAUUAAACUAAAUCAAAAGUCAGUUUAGCUGACAGACAUACAGACUUUUGGCUAGGGAGCGACAUCAGAUAUUUUUGCAGCUAUGCUACAGACUCUUUAGUUUUAGUAAAAUGUAUAAUAUUUUAUGGUUGGUGGCGCUUAGCUGGAGGAAAAAAAAGAUGAUAAUUAUUAAUAGAUAAAAUUCUUUAAACAAUGAAAUUAUAAAAUCUGAUGGCAACUUUAAAAUGAAAUUAUGAAAGUGAUGAAAGUAAUUACUUUAAAAAAAUACCGUUUAAAGGCUGGCUUUGUUGUAAUCAGGCCUCCCUUUUUUACUAACAUGAAAAAAAGAACUGCUUUAAUUUGCAAAUAUCUGUUUUCACUUACUUAUAAUACAAUAGACAUCCAUGUUGUUUCCAUCACUAGAUUCUUAAUAAGGUCUGAAUAAGUUCAAAACCCACUGAGGAUCUAUUGUGCAUUGUGAUUUGACAGUAGGACAGCCCAAAGCACAGGCACAGUCACGGCAUAAGUCAGGUCCGCCACGACAACAAGGCAUUCCCAAGCACAUUUUGGUAUUUUGGUGAGCGGCGCAGCCCGGCGUAAGUAUCCCCCCCUCCCUAACUCAGCUCCUCCCAGCGGCGUAAGUCAUAGGGAAGGAGGAGAGAGGGCGUGGAGUGGUUUUAACACAGCCAAGACCUGUAUUGACCAAUAACAUCAGCUCCUCUCCUUGCCUUUCCUAAAUCCGCCACUUUCGAGGGAUCAAGAGAUGUCUGAAGACAGCAAUGCCACACAAUGACGACAGAAGGCAGCUCCUCAACAAGUGUCACUGUAAGCGCUGCAGAGGGCAUCCUUCACACUGUCUCAUAAAAUCACAGAGGGAUUUGGUGUGUGUAAUGUUGGACAAACACCCUUUUCCACAAAGAAAGACACUCACAUAAAGUUGCAAAUAUUUAAACCUCACAUGACAAAGGUGGGUUGUGUGCACAGAUCACAACAUGAAUUCCAAUAAUGACGCAUCGCACUCCAUGGCCUGGCUCUCUCUUUCAUAGGUGUUGGCAUAUAAAAUAAAUUUGGCUCACAAAACUGAAUAUUAUAAUAUUCGUAUGUAGGCUUAAAAUAAAUAACUCAUCUGAUCACUGAAACAAAUCAUCUGUUCAGCUGCUGCAGCAGCAGAUGCGUGCCAAACGUGCUCAUCAGAUCAGAUAUAGAUCAGAAUAAAUCUAUAUAGCUCUAAACGUAUGUGCUGACUCAGAUUAUUAGUUGUUGUUGAUUAUUUAUUGCACUGAAAUGUGCCUGACACUGUGGAAACCUGCCAGUGAAGCAUCGGUGACGUAUGCCGAUACGCCGCUGGUCUACCAAAAUACCUCUAGACCAGCUGCGCUCCGCCUGCACUGAAAGCUGACCAGGUUUGAAUGGGCGAGCUUUCAGCGCACUUUAUACGCCAACGGCGAGCACGAAAAUGUCACUGUACGCUGGGCUCCGCCAGAUGAAAAUACCACUGCGGGGGGUCCGCCACCCUCCACCGCCUCACCGGCGAACACGAAAAUAGAGCCCUUGGUGUUAAAUCAGGAAGGGGAGAAAAAACAAGACCUUCAAAAUUCCUGCAAAGUGAGGCCCUGAAGCUGUCUGUGGUGCUGAAACUUGGAUCUAGAUCCUGAUUAACAGCAGCAGUUUUUGCACCGUCAGCCUUUAGUUGUGGUUACAGCGUACACUCAGCACAUAAUUAGUGUUUUGGGUGAAGUAUGUUUAAUUAGAUAAACCAGUAGUAGCUCUGGUGUUGAUGAGUGUGGUUGGCAUUUGUUUAAUGGACUAAAGGGGUACAUUUCUGCUCCUAAGGUUACAUGCGGAAGUGUUGCUGAACUGCAAAUUGCCACCAGUUUGAUAGUCAGCAGUGUAAAUGCAAACAACAUGAUCAGUUUGCUCUGAUACAUAAGAGGUCUGCAAAUCUUUCAGCCCAGGUCCCCAAAAUAACGGUUCUGAGACUAUGGGCCCUUACUGUUACUUCAGGUGGUUUAAUGUUUCCCACAGCCACUGACACCUAACAGGCCAAUCCAAAACAGAUGCUGGAAUGACACAAAAUGAAAUAGCCAGACAGCCAUUGUAAUUUUAACAGUUAUUAACAUGAAAAACUGAAAGCAGAAUUAAUCUUCAUAUUCAGCCUUUUGUAGUGAUAGAACAUGAGACAAUACAGAUGCAAAUGCACAGGUGGAUCUGUGUGUGCCUGAGUUUCAUAUAAGCUGAAAAUUAAGGAUUUUGAUUCCUAUGGUUUUAUCUUGUGGACCCCUACCACUGAAAACCACUGUCCUACAUUGACAUCUUCUGCUAUCAGUGUUGACAUGUGGUGUGAAUGGGUGAAUUUGACAAGUACUUUAAAAUCAGGUUGAGUAGUAAAUAAGACCAGAAGAGUCUGAUACAAUUACAAGUGUAUUUACCAAGCCCAACAUUUUUAAUUCAACACACCAACAAACUAAGGGUUGAUCCUGUAAUGUUGUCAGUCACUUUAAAUAACAAUCUGAGGUUUUAAGUGACAGGAACCUGAAUGUCCUUGAAAUGGGCACAUUUACCUCCAAGGAUUACGUUAGAGCCUCUACAGACCACUUCAAAUCAGUGCUGAAGCUGUUUCCUGGAGCAAUUCCAAAAACUCCUCAGACCCGAAAUAUAUACAUAAAUGUAACGCUCAGGUUUAAACGUGCCUGACCUGCUUUAUAAACUAUGAGAGUAAUGUUAGACUAUGCAGCCCAUUAAAGUGACUUUAACACCAAUUACUAUGGAGCAUAAAGAUACAUUUAAAAGUUAUUAGUCCAGGAUGCACGUGCUCGGAUGGUCAGACUGGGUAAGCUCAGCUCCUCUCGUGUUCAGCCAGAGAGGUCUGGUGCCCAGGGGCUCGUGAUUAAUCUGCUGUUGGUGCUAAUAGCUGGGACACAGCUUGAUUAUCACCCGAUGAGGCAUGGCUGCGUGGAAAGACGGGGACGGGGGGUGGGGGGUGGGGGUCAGAUGACCUCCUGCCACUAGGAGUUUGACUCAGAGCUUGUAGUGCUAAAACCUUGCGUUCAAUCUAAGCUGCAGGUUUAGAAGAUUAUGACAGAGAGAAGACUUGCUCUGAAAAGAGAGACUGAAUUAAGGCAAGUCAUCAGUGAACCUUAUACCUACAAUAUAGACUUUCUGUAGUGCUGGUCCCCCACAACCCUUCAAACUGAGCUGCAGAAAGCACAAAGUCUCUAAUGUGUAAGUAAAAAAAGAUGUUAGAUUGCAGACUUUGACUAUCUGCGUAGAAAAAUACUCUGCAAGCACAAAUCCCUUUAUUAUUUGUUGGGAAAUAAUAAUAAUAAUAAUAAUAAUAAUAAUAAUAAUAAUAAUAAUAAUAAUAAUAAAAUACAUACAUAAAUAAAUAACACUCAGAAAUAAAGAAAAAUAACUUUUUUUACUGCAAAACAUGGAAAGGCAUGAACUGUAUAGACAAGGUAAAGUCUUACAUUAAUACACAAACUGAUGGUAUGGGGUGAUUCUUAUAUUUUUGUCUAAAUUCAUAGUAGAGCUUUGACCAGGCUCACUCUUUUUGUUGUACGGAUCAUUUAUGCCUUCUAGCUUUUUGCAGACAUGAGAUGGUCAGUGAUGAACUUUACUUGAACUGAACAAACAUCAUCUGUAUCUGCCUGCAUGCUGUGAUACAGCACUGCAGGCUGAAUGUGCACUGAACUUUACCAUGUGCAAUGGGUAGCGCAGAGGAAAGAGGUUGGUUCACUUCAGAGAAAGAUGUUUUACAAAAAGAGGUGAAACGGAUGUACACUUCCACUCCUCAGCUGCUCGUUUGACCCAGAGGAACCCACAGGUGAUCACUCAGGGACAGUUAGUGUAUGUAAACUUAGGGUCAAACAGUCAGACAAUACCGGCCUCAUGGCUGUAUCCAAGUUUUUUCACAGUUACACUGAUGGUAGAGCAAUACAUACAGUAAAUGUGGAAUUAGAAAAACUGACACAGGUGAGAGAUCCCUCACCUGGGUGUGAGGGGUCUCUAAGGAUGUUUUGGGCUAUAUAGAGGCUGUGAUAGCUGUCCAGCUCAUCCAGGAGGGGAGAGGGCAGCUGAUGACGUUCUGGGCUGUGUUGAUGACCCUUUGGGGUGCUUUUUCUGAUAUCUGCUGUGUUACUGGAAAACCACACACACACAUGCAGUAAGUAAGCACAGCCUCUGUGGAGCAGUGGUAGAAGGACACCAGCAGUUUCUGUGUCAUGUGGUUCUUCUUAAGGACUUUCAGGAAGUAGAGUCUCUGCUGGGCCUUCUUAAUCAGCGCUGUGGUGUUUGUGCUCCAGGUCAGGUCCUACUCGAACUGGACUCCAGCAAACCUGAACACUGUGACCCUGAUUGUCUGUUUUUUUUUUUUUUUUUUUCUUUUGUCUUUGUGGUUUUCAGGAGCAGGUAACUGCCCUCGCACCACCCAGCCAGCUGCUUCACCUCGUCCCUGUAUGCUCCCUCAUCCCCCUCAGAAAUGAAACUUACCACUGUUGUGUUGUCUGCAUACGUGAUGGUGUUGCUGAAUUGGGAAAGGGUGUAGUCAUGUGUGUAGAGAGUGUAGUGUAGUGGGCUCAGGACAAAACCCUGUGGGGAGCCAGUUCUGAGACUGAGGGCUGAGGAGGUGUGGGGUCUGACUCCCACUCUCUGGGAGUGGCUCAUCAGGAAGUCCAGGAUCCAGCCGCAAGUCCAUGAUCUGCCAGCUUAGACACCAGUCUAUGGGUGAGUAUGGUGUUAAACGCAGAGCUAAAAGCCACAAAUAGCAGCCUUGCAUAGCUUCCCCACUGCUUUAAGUGGGUCGGAGUAGUAUGGAGAGUUGUGGCUACUGCAUCCACCUCAUGCUCUUCCACUGUGAGGAUGUGGGUGGGAUGCAGCUGCAGCUGGGUGACUCCUUCUCAAAGCUGGAAAAGAAAAGGUUCAGCUCCUCUACCAGUGAGGCAUCACCGUCAGCAGCUGAGAGGUUGCUGGACCUGUAGCUGGUGAUGUGCUGGACCCCCGCCACACUUGCCUUGUGUUGUUGCUGCUGAGCUGGUCCUCUGUUUUUCUGCCUUAAGCAGCUUUGACCUCUCUGAUUUGAUGCCUCUCUUUAGGUUGGCUCUGGCAGCACUGUACUGUGCCCCAUCACCAGACCUGAAAGCAGUGGUGGGCUAACAAUGUUCUGGCUUUUAAGAGACCUUUCUUAAGCUCAAUCAACUUUUAGCUCAAAUUGAGCACGAGUUUUCAUAACAUCCAUGUCAAGUGUGUUAUUUACCCCCCCUGCCCCCCGCCCCACCCCAGCCCCAGCACGUUGGCAGCAUCACCACUUUAGAUACAUAAUUAAUCAGAUCAGCAGCUAUCAGAGACAACAAAGAGAGCAGCAGCCUGUGAUAAGUUAUUCAUGGUGAGCUGGUGGUGCUGAAAAGGCUGAUGUUUGCUUUCCUUUUGGAAAAUGUUGACAUGAUGAGGGGUGAAAUAGGGACAUGUGACUGAUGACCAAUUAGCAAAGAUCUUGGGUGUCAUUUCAAAAUUUACAAAGAACAUUGGUGCAAAUGUGACAUCUUCCAGCAGCUAGCCAGCUCCAGGUUUGAAGCUUUUCAUUCCUUCAGUCAACUUAGUUUCCCUGGAAGCUAAUGUGACAGUAUUUAAACAAAGAGGAUACACAUUAGUAAAUCUCAGUCCUGGUUGACACGUUGCUCUGGUAAAACCUCCAGUUCACAGUUAACCACAUUGUAUACCAUCCCUGCUUUGUGGUUAUGAAAUGAGGAAAAUACUGUAUAUACUAAAAUCAUCAAGAAACUGUCUACAGAGUGAAUAAAUCAGAUGAGAAGUAGGACUGAUUUGUCAAAGACUACUCUGACCCAACUGGUCACUAGAAAGAACACAAAAUAACAUUAAACUCUGACUUUAUGGUUACAUAGACUUAAAAACAGGCAACUGGACUGUGUAGAGUCCAGAGUACACAGUCCAGUUGCCUGUUUUUAAGUCUUCAAGAUAACCAUGACCUGGAUGAAUGAGAAUCUACAUGGACUUAUGGUUACAUACCUUUACAGAAAAAUGUUGGAAACAAUGAUUCUUAACUGAAAAACACAAAGAUUUCGUGGAGUAAAAGAUAAACUAUUGGCUAGUUUCAGUUUGUGCUUAGUUAGGAUGUCUAUCCUGACCGCUGUGAGUCAAAAAACCCAGAACUGUGAUAAAAAAACAAAAAACAAAAAAAACAACUAACUCUUGUUUGAUAACGGCAAAGCUUGUCUUGUUUGAACUGAAGAUAUCUCAAGCAGUGUCAAACCAUCUCUCCAUGGAUCUAUUCUUUAUGCUUAUUUGCCAUCUUCACUAUUUGUCUCUAGUGCAGCCUGUCAGGAUUAGGUGUCAGACAGUGACCUAAUUUAGGAUCUUCCUCUGGAGACUAGCUCUCCCAGAGCCAUUUUGUGUGCUUGGUCAAUGUUGUAUUUUUUAAUUUAAAUCUUUUUUUUUUCUUUUUUUUUUUUUGUUGCAGAAGUUUCUCAGUUGUUUAAAUCUUUUGUUCCUUCUCCGCUGUACCUGGCGUAGACACCUUUGAAUUGAGGUUACGUACAAAUGCAUCUUAAAUAAUGAGCAUAUUGUAAAAAGUCCAAUGUUCUCAAUCAGCUGAAAGAGAAAAUGGUUUAAAGGAACCAAUGAAGCAACAGGAAGCAGCCUCUGCUAUGUUUGUGAAUGUGGUGUGAAUGGGUGAAUAUGAGAUUAGAUGUAAAGCACUUUGAGUGAUCAAAAAACUAGAGAAAGCGCUAUAUAAAAAUAAUCCAUUGACCAUAUUUUAUAUAUUACUUCAUUUUAUAUAUUUACUUUGGGUAAAUUACUAUUCAUAAAGAGUAUGGAAAUGUAGAAAAUGUAACAUGUACAGUAUCUCUUAAUGUGGCGCAGUACAAACAACAAACUACUGACUUGACUGUUGUCUGCAGCUCACCAGAAGAUUUUAGAACACCUAAUGCUUCUAUCUGCAGACAAGCUUUACAGAGAUGGAGGUUUCCUUUUUCAGCAGGACUUAGUUAGCACCUGCCUGCAGCGCUAAAACUCCUGACCAUUAUAUUAGACAGCUUGAUUGUCCACUGGCCUAAGCUGAACAGCAUAAAGACUCUGUUGUGGUAAGGAUUAUUUUCAAACAUUUGAGGUAUCUAGAAAGAUACAACAGAAAGCAGAGAAGUCCUGUGAAUGAAAAUAUCCACCACAGCUUCAAACAGCCCAUGACUCCAGUUUAGUAUUUUCUCAUUAAGCUGCUGUCAUUUGUUGGAGCCUCGUAAUUGUUUGUCUCCCAGCUGGAAGCGUGUGCACCUCAUAUGGCCCUUUGGGGUAAGGACGCAUCACCUCUCUGCCCUCAUUACAUAUGUCUGCCUGACCUUUUCAGUCGCACCUCCGUCUGUCACCGCAGAGCAUGGCGGCUUAAAGAGAAUCACCACUCAGGUCAUCAGCAUUCAUCAGACACAAGCAUCCCUCACUCUUCGCUGUGCAACAGUAUCAGAGUCUGUCUCAGGAGGAAUAUUUCUCUUUCUGUGCAUGUUUGAAUGCUCCAUCAUCCUGCUCCCCUCACUGUAUAGUAUCAAACCAGGAUGCAGUUAUUACUGGGGUAAUCACAGGGUAUCAGGGCAGUCCAGUACUUAGUUUCAACAGAACCAAACACUUGGUCAAAUAUCAGAAGUCAUUUCAGAAAUCACUUUCUGCAGGUUUCUAAAUAGGCACCAACAGCUCCCAUUAUAACUGAAUGUGAUGGGAAUUCUAGAAUCUUAUUAAAGAUUGAGAUGAAGUGAUGUAAGCCAGUGUAAGGAUGAUCAGAUGAGUGUCAGAGCUGCUCGCUGUGAUGAUUUGAAAGAUGAAGAUUUAAUUUGCAGCAGAGAGUCAAACACUGGAAGUAGUGGAAAGUUUGUCUACACAUUUAGCAAACAAUUAUACCGACCAAAAUCUCUGAGGGACAAAAUUUACAGAGCCAGAAACAUUAGGGCUCAGUAGGAGUCAUGUCUGGGACUGACUUUUGGUUUGCUGGGUUGUUUGAUUUGUGGCAGGUUAAAACACUCAAACUACCAAGGCAGUCAUUUUGACUGCUUUGAAAAUUUACUAUGUCAUAACUUUGUUAAAUUAAACCUAUACACCAGUAAUGUACCCUGACGUUUCCCUAAAUGUGGGUAUAUUUUAUUUUAACAUUGUUUUAUCAUAAACAUUUCAAAACACAAAAGAGAUCUGAGUAUUACUACCUCAAAUGACCAGAGCAGUCAAAUUGACAACAUGCUUUUUACUAAGGGUGUUAUAUUUCACUAUUUGUUACAUUUUCCCGCUCUUUCUCCUGCUCUAUUGUUUUUUUUGUACUUUAAGCUCUGUGAAGCUAAAAUCUUGCUAUGACUUACUUUAAACUCAAGAGACUCAAAAUUGACAACGGGAAGAAAAAUGACAAGUAUGGAGGCUUUAGCCUUGCUUCAGUCUUGAUAAGGAGGAAUCCGAUGGAUGAGCAAGUUGAGGGAAUGAUGUGUCUUGGUAUUUUGAGGAAGGUUCUUAAAAGUCUCAUUCAAAUAAUUUUCAUUUUGUGUACUGAUGUGUUUUUAUGUAUUCCACCAAUUUAUUAUGAGUUUUUAUUAUUGAUUAUCCAAAUUGUGUGCAAAUAAAGACUGAGCUGUCAAAAUGACUGCUAUGGUCAUUCUAGUAGUUGCAAAAUUUAGGUAGACCGAGUGUUAAAGGCUACCUUGUCUUUGGAUCAGGUCUGUGGUGCUACGCUGAGGGAAAACCUGGACUCCAAGGCACCGUCCUGGUGGAUGACUUUUUCUUUGUUACUUCAGCUUUAAAAAAAGAUUUUGGUGAGAUGACGUUGGUUUAAAGACCCAAUGCCUUGAAUUUGAGUAAAUCUGCUUUGUUGCUGUGCACUGACCAAAUCGAAAGGGAUUAUCCUUUAACUGAACUGAUUAACCCUGGAAAACACUGAAACAAUGAAUAACAAAGAAGAUCUAAAUGAUAGUUAAGAUGGAAAUGAAACAUGAUGGAAGAGACUAGUUCAGUAGAAGCAUACAUAAACAGGACUUCUGAUGGGCUGGCUGUUUGUCUCUCUCUUUUCCUUAUUUACUUUCAAUCCAGCAUCUCAGUUCCACUAGGUCUUCAUUAAAUAGCAUCAAUAUUCAGCUCCUUAUUCCUCAUCAGUGUUCAGAGCCCACUGGGUCCUGGUCAGUUAGUGGUUAACUUGCACAUCAAUGGACUCCCUCUGGAGAAAUGUAAUGAAUUCACUGUUGGGGAGCCCCAUCUUACUUUGAAAAGUAAGCCAUGUGUUUUCAUCAAGUUUCCACCGCUGGAAAAGGUUCUUCAGAGGGUAAACACAUGUUCAAACUUUUGACAGAGGAAGUGCCGAUGGAAUUUGAAGUUUUUUACAAAGUGUUGUCAUAAGUGUCAUAAGUGGUGUGCAUACUUAAAUGUUGGCUCUUUCAUAGUGUCAUAUAUGUUUCUUGUAGCUCAAAUUGAUGUUUACCCUCAAGUUUGCAGUUUAAUAGUACAUAAGAGAGACAUGCUAAGGACAGAGGACAGAAGCUCAGUUAUUUCAAUUUAGAAUCAUAUGCAUAUUGAUUGCAUAUGAUGUGUGAUCAAGUUAUCAUGAGUGCCAACUUAUUCAUUCAGGGGAUGCAGAAACUAUGCCGCCUGCAUCUUUCACUAUCAGUCUCUCCUCUGUCCAUCUCUCUCUUUCUGCAUCUCCCUCUAUCUCCACUUUAGACUCAAUGCAGUCUCAGCAGAUGACUGUCUAAUAUGAGUCUGGCUCUGCUUAAGGUUUCUACCUGUUAGAGGAAGUUUUUCCUCUCUGCUGUAACUCGAUAAAUGCAGCAAAGUGUUUCACUAAGGUAGUUGAAGAUGGGAUUGGGAUGUGUCUGAUCUUACAAGAUGAGGCUCAAUCUUAUCCCAUCUUUGCAUUCAAUUUUUGUAAAUGGUGUAUGGUCCAGACCAGCAUCUUGAGAACUGGUUAAUAUAUAAAUGAAAAUCGAUUGACAUUUUACAAGCAAGGGUGAGGAGGCUGUGAUUUACUGUAAAUGAUUAGUAAUGUAUAAAAAUUACUCUGUUAAAGAGAGGUCAUGGUCAAUAGAGGUCACGUUUAAAUAAACAAUUCUUCAGAAGGUUUAUGAUAUCAUUCUGAAAAGAAAACAUGCAAAUGGAGUAUGCUAUUAGCACAGAUUAACUGUAGAGCAUACAUCAGAGCUUUGUUGUUAAAUUGAUUUAACACUGUUAGUGUGCUGGUUGAGUAGGGCUAAUGAAUCUUUUAUGCUGUGAAGUGAUACUUAAACUACGCACAUUUCUAUGAAACGAUUGAUUUUCUCUGACUUGAUCUUAUCACAUCAAUAACAGAUGUCAACAUUUAUUAAAUAUGAGAUUUGGUAGACUUGAAGGUAGACUUUGGUUCUCAUGGGUUCCAACUCUGGUUACAAGAAAUAGUAAAGCAUUUGCACUUUGGAUGCCACAGCUGUGGGACUUCUUACCUAAGGAAAUCCUACUGGCAAACUCAGAGUCUUCCUUUAAUCUGUCAAAAAACAUGAAAACAAAACAAACAAAAAAAUCACAGUGUGUUUGAGGGACUGUUGAUGACUUAAAAAAAACAGUCGAUAAGUGAGUCCUUCAAAAUCUGUCCUUUGAUGAGUCAGUGGUAUAUACAGUUUGGAUAGCUCCCUGCUAGGGUCCUGAAAUAAAUCAAUCGCAAGUUGUAACUAUUGCACUCCUAAGGGCUGCUGGAGUUGACUAAACAUCAAUGAGAGUAUCUUUUAGAAGAGAAGUGUUCUAAAAGUUUGUUUCUAUUAUCUCUGGUGAAAUAAUCUGUCCAUUAAAUCUUUUUCUUCUUUUCUUUAUAUCUUUUAAAAAUGUCUUCCAAGUAUUCAGAAAUAUUUAGCCAUGUUUUUGAUUCCCUCCAAAUAUAGCAUCAAACCACCAUGUUUGAUUUACAUACUUAAAAAACAUGAGAACAAAAACAUACAUGUUUGUACUUAUUUUUUAUCAGAAUCCUUUUCUGCUGUAAUCUGCAGUCAGUGCUAGAUAAAAUAAAAACAUAUGCACUUCUUCUGCCUUUUCUUAAACUUUUCUUUCUCCUGCAGCUCCACACAGACCUGGACCAUGGGGACAAUGCAGUCAAGUACACUCUGUCUGGAGAGGGAGCUGGGUCCAUUUUUACCAUCGAUCAAAUAACAGGAGAUAUACAUGCUCUGGUGGGACUGGACAGGUCAGAACUGAUAAUACUAUCAGUCUAUCAGAUACGAUCAGUCUUAAGAAUCUCUACGGUGAUUCAGAGAAAUAACAAUGAAAUCACUUUCUACAUUAAUACGUGGGCUUGUCACUUAGGACUAGUAUGUUUUCAUGAAUAUUGUUGUCUUGCAACAACCUCUAGAACUCCACCUGUUUUGGAAGUCAGGAUUUUUCAUUGCACAUGAUGGCUCUUUGGUAAAAGAGAUUGAUUAACAGAUUGAUUAAAUAUACCAUGUGUUGUGAUGUGGUUGUCCCAAUUCAGAGAGAACUAACCGACCAGAAUUAAGUAUUCAACACAGCCUGGUAACCAGAAAGAAAGCAUUGAUGUGAUCCCUGUGCAAUCCAUCUAUCUUGAGACAGAUGGAAACAUCUGAGAGGCAGGGUACAUCCCAAAAGGUCACCAGUCCAUCAUUGAGCUGACAUGUAGACAGACACCCACUCAGACAUACUCACACCAAUAUGCAAUGUAGAGUAAUCAGUUUACCUUACAAGCAUGUCUUUUAACUGUGGGAGGACGCAAGAGUGCUGUCCCUGUACCGUACACACAAACCGCGGCCUCAAAGCAGAACAGAAACGUCCCCACUGGCCCUUAAACUAGAACCAGAAACCAUCUUGUAGAAGGAAAAGAGUUCUCGCUAUCAUUCAGAUCCUUCUAUGGACAGAUGAUUCAGAUUCAAAGUGUGCCAAGAAGAUAAACUAAUCAAUGGCACAUGAAAAACAGGUGAAGGUAGAUGUCCAAAGUAAAGGACAGAUGUGGGAUUAGAAGCAGCAUGUCUUGUGAUCUAAGUUACAGAGAAAUGGCAAAAUUGUGCAAUAAGCUCAUGGUCCCUACAGGCUACAGACUGAGUCAAUUAUCGACUCCAUCCUUUUUUAACACUCUUCCAGAGCAUCUCCCUCUGACUCUAUGCUAUACUGAUCAAGCCAAAUACUUUUUCAUGACAGCAUUCAUGUGAUACUUCUUACAGGGAGGAAAGGUCCUACUACACACUCAGGGCCCAGGCUGUAGACAUCCACUCAGGCGUCCCUCUGGAGCCAGAGUCUGAGUUCAUCAUCAAGGUGCAGGACAUCAACGACAAUGAGCCACGGUUUCCUGACAGUCCCUACAGCGCCAGUGUCCCUGAGAUGUCUCCCACAGGUUGGAAAAUGGUUUUCUUCAAAUAAACAGUCUGUGGACAAAUUCUAGAAAUAGGAGUUACAUAAUAUAAAACGUCAAGGCAUUGUUAAAUGGUGCUUUUCACUGCAUAAAUAAAUACUAACAGCACUAUACAGACAUUGAGAUUUGUCAUCCUAAAAGAAUCCACAGAGCAAAAACAUAAAAGGGUGGUAUGAGGUGGAUUUUUGCAGAAACUAAAUAAAGAAGUUUAAAUGAAAUUGGACCAGUUGUGCCUCCAGAUCUGACAGAAAAACUCCCCCCAAACUCAAAGGUUACAGCUUUAACAAAUGCCUUAAAUUUGCUAGGUGACUGUUGAUCAGAAAUAGAAGUUUAGCCUUAUCUCUAGUCUUAUCUCUUUUUGAUGUGGUCCAUUGUGUGUUUAUGUUUAAAGGCUUUUGCUGUGAAGUGCUAUAGAUUUGUCUUACUUUUGGUUUCAUGCUUAGUCUGAUCUUGAUGUCUGAAGUUGGAGACAGGGAAGGUAAAAUAAACCCAACCCUGCUUAGUAAACCAGUAUCUUGAUGACAAUAGUGUUUAAUUUCUCCCAGUGUUCCUUUUGACCUUGUCAUGUCCAUGUCCAAGCUCUUUAAUUCUCAGCUUCUACUGCAAAGAUCUCCUCUGAUUUUUCUUUUGUAUUUUGUCAGGAGGUUUCUGCGUGACUCUGACUUCGAACUUUGCCCUCUGGUUCAAUGACUCACUCCCUCAUAACAGAUGGCAAUUUGUCACAAUGUGCCUUGCCCCACUCUUCAUAUCUUAAUUUGAAGGACAUAAGUCUUUGCUAACUGUAUGAUAAGUGACUCUUGAAACGGCAUGGAAUAAAUGUGCAUGUGCAACUUACAACAAGACUCUUUGAAGGCUUAUGGUGGUAGAUGACUGGACUGUAAUCACGUGACCUAUUAGUGAGGUUGGACAUAUACAAACUGCAAGUGAAAGUGGGAUGUUUUGCAAACAUGAAUAAAAAACAGAAUUCAAUGAUAUAAACCGACAUUCCUGGUAUCCCUGUAAGUAUUAAGAUAAGCUUAGGAGGUGAUUAGUUGAGUAGCAGCUUUACUGUAGGGGGUCAGAGACCACCAGCUGGCACACACAAAGUGUUUUGGGUUCAUGCUAGAGGACAGGACCAAAGGUAGAAAGAGACCAGGAAUUCUGUUGGCAGAUCAAACACCUUGGAUUUGUGUCAAAGCAUCUUAGCAUCACAUGUAAGUGAGAUGGUAACAGCCAAUCAACAGAGUACAAGAAUGUAUAGAUCCUUUUCCACCUUUAAUCAAUUGAAUACACUACAAAGACAAAAUAUUAAAUGUACACACUGAUUUUUUUUUAUAUACACUCAUUUUGAAUUCAAUGCCUGCAACACAAAACAAAGCUAUAUGACAUAUUUACAGUGUUUAUAAAAAAGGCUAUGAUGACCAGAGGUGGGCACAGUUAUUAAAAAAUACAACUCUUUGAACCAUCAAUCUGUUAACCUAGACAUGAACUUAAAUAACUGUCAAUCUGCUGAUUCUGUUAAUAAUGAACUAAAUGUGCAGAGUACCAUUGAUCCAAGUCCAGUCAAAAAUGUUACUUAAACACAGUACAUCCAUAAAGAUCCAUAAAUCUGUAAGUGCUGCAUCUUAAUGUAAGUCAAAUAAAAUGAGACACCAUUCUGAGAUAGGUAAAAAUAUUUCCUGACAAUAUAAAGUCUGAAAAUAACCUCCCCAUUCAAAAGAGUGUCCUAAAAAUCAUCGAGCCACAGACAGCUGUCGUUGUCUUCAAGAGUAGUUGAGGUUAGUUUAUGAAUCUAUGCAGCAAUGAGUCAGCGUAACUCUGUCCAAUGUCUUAAAACUGUGAAAACUUUAUUAUGAAUACUAGACAGAGACUUAAAGAGUGCUGCUGUUGCAGCCGACUAUCGGAGAAGAAAGUGCAUGAUAAUCAAGUGCUGCGUGCAUUUAACUACACAUAUGGUUAAAAACAUGCGACACCAAAGGAAAGGCUCCCUGACAACAGCUUGUAGAGAGCACACUGAUAUUGUAACUGAGAUGUUUUAUCUGUGUCUGUUCUCUUCCAAACAGGGUCAUACUUUCAUAUCUCUACAUUUACUAGUGGGGGAUACCUGAAGACAGCUUUCUUUAAACACCUACACUAUUUAUCAAACACAUAUAGAAUUAAAUAGACACAACAUUGUACAUUAAGAGCUUGUUGAUUCAGCUCAGAUCUUAAGUUUCACUUUGCAGUCAGCUUGGACACACACACAUACACACACACACACACGCACACACACAAAAUGCUCACUAAGCCAGACUUAGUGGCCCAUCUGUCCGCUAAAUACCAUUACUGAGAGGUAAUUUAACAGUCAAGGUCUUUAGGCCUUAAGCUGUUAAUGCUUUAGCUGAGGCCAUGAGUGCUCUGACAGAACACAAGCUUGACCCCAGGACGUCUCUGCUCCUUAGAAACAUUCUCUAUAGAGGAUUACCUAUGGUAGAGAACUGAAUCUAUAUGAUAGAAUCAUAAUGCUCUCAUUCAGAGCUGAGUGUGGAUGCUGCAGUGCUAUGUUUAUAGCUUCUAUGAAUGAUUUUUUUUAUUUUUUUUUAAUGAGAUGUGAGAUGAGACAGUGUCUAACACUUAAAAGGAUUUUUUUUUCCUUUUUUUUUUCAAGUUCAAAGACCAGACGAGUUAUUUCCAGUAGUGUUCUGUUUAGUAGAAGUUUAUAACUCAGUUGUCACUUUAAAAAAAAAAAGAACAUCUUCACAUCAGCAUUUUAUUAAUUUUAGGACACUGACACAUAACAUACGUGUAUUUGUUUAUAUUUUCAGGAACCUAUGUGACACAAGUAACUGCCACUGAUGCAGAUGACCCUACCUAUGGCAACAGCGCACGCAUCGUCUACAGCAUCCUACAUGGACAGCCCUACUUCUCUGUGGACCCUAAGUCAGGUGAGAGGACAGAAAAUCUGUGUGUCCCUUUAUGACUACCAAACAAACAGAGGGCUUGAUCUACUAAGGGUUUGCAUGUAUAAAAACAUCGUGUACAAAGCUGAUCUACUAAUAUGAGCAAAAUUCCACAUGCAAUCCAUUUAGCAUGUUUUCCUUCAUGACUAUGCAGAAUAUAUGCAGAGGAGGAGCUGCAAAUUAAAUCAUUUAGCACCCGCAAACCUUAAAAUAAUUGCGGUUGGUGUUUUUGUAUUCAUAUUUAGUACGUUUUAAAAGCAGGUGCAAACUGGCACAGCGUUAUGCACAAAUGGCUGCAGUCAUUGAGGCAAGAAGAAGGAAAAGGUGCAAUGACUGACAACAGAGAGAGAAUUGCAGCCAAAGUAGAUCACCUGCUACAUGCUCACUAAUAGCAUGUAAAAAACUUUGGGAGUGUGGCGCCACGCGAGGUGGCAGCCUGUUACAGCAGCUCCUGUGUGUUUCAUACUUUUUGUAUCUUUUUCUCUUUAAUUUCUGUCCUGACACAUAUGUGUCUUCACCAGUUAGUGUCUAACUACUGGAUACACCGACUUUUUUUUUUUUUAACUUUUCUGGCCAUUUUUCUGGACACUUUUUGGCACUUUAGUACCCAUGGCAAUGGAGGUUCACAAACGCAAUGGUGAGCGCUUUGUUUACAUGUGCGAUCAGCUGAUUGCGCUGAGUAAACCUGUGCUGCUGCCCGGAGCAAGGCCUGACAUCCCGGAGGAGCUGCAGAGGAGGCGCCAGGGGUGCAGAGCAGGAGCCAAGCUGAGAGCAAAGAAGAGGAGAUUUUGCCCAGCUGUACCAGCGAUUAUCACGGGGAACGUGAGGUUUUGGGGAAUAAGACGGACGAGCUCGCUGCGCUGAUUAAGACUCAGGGCUCUAUUUUCGUGCGCGCCGGUGAGGCGACAGAGGGCGACGAGCCCCGCGCAGUUGUUUUUUCGUCUGGCGCAGCCCGGCGUAUGGCCAGUUUGGUAUUUUCGUGGACUGAUGCGCACGGAGGCGAGCCGAGAUCCGCCAAGCUGGGCGUGGUGGCGGGGCAGGGGGAGGUGUUGACAGAAUCAGCGGGCGCAGUGACAUUUUCGUGCUUGCCACCGGCGUGUAAAGUGUGCUGAAAGCUCGCCGAUUCAAACCUGGUCAGCUUUCAGCGCAGGCGGAACGCAGCUGGUCUAGUAGUAUUUUGGUAGACCUGCGGCGUAUUGGCAUACGUCACUGAUGCCUCACCGGCAGGUUUCCACAGUGUCAGGCACAUUUCAGUGCAAUAAAUAAUCAAUAACAACUAAUAAUCUGAGUCAGCACAUACAUUUAGAUCUAUAUAGAUAUAUUCUGAUCUAUAUCUGAUCUGAUGAGCGCGUUUGGCACGCGUUUGGACACACAACCUGACCGAAUCAACACAGCUGAAACCGCAUUAAAUUGAAUUAAAUAUCUAGUAAAUAGACACACAUGAUGAAGUGAACUAGAUAUGUAAUUCGUCUCCCUCCUUUUCUUUCUUCCUCUUCCCCUUAUUUCUCCCACAGCUCGACCUGGACAUGUCUCCGUGUCCUCUCUCUGUCCUGCAGCGGCUGAACAGAUGAUUUGUUUCAGUGCCCAGAUGCGUUAUCUCUUUUAAGCCGACAUACGGAUAUUAUUAUAUUCAGUUUUGUGAGGCAAAUUUAUUUUAUAUGCCAACAUCUAUGAAAGAAAGAGCUAGGCCACGGAGCGCGAUGCGUCAUUUACGCACAGAUGGUUCCAAGUUUAAUUCCAUUUUUGGAGUUUAUGUUGUGAUCUGUGCGCACAACCCACCUUUGUCACGUGAGGUUUGAAUAUGUGCAACUUUAUGUGAGUGUCUUUAUUUGUGGAAAAGGGUGUUUGUCUUACCAGUCCGUCCAACAUUACACACACCAAAUCCAUCUGUGCUCAUAUGAGAGAGUGUGGAGGAUGCCCAAUGCAGUGCUUACAGUGACACUUGUUGAGGAGCUGGCUUCUGUCGCCAUCUUGUGGCAUUACUGUGUUCAGACAUCUCUUGAUCUCUUUGACUACUUCAUGAAAAUAGUAAUACGCCUCGCCUGUGGCGGAUUUAAAGGCAAGGAGAGGAGCUUAUGUGAUUGGUGAAAGCAGGUCUCGGCUGUGUUAAACCCACUCUACGCCCUUUCUCCUCCCUCGGUACGACUUACACCGCUGGGAGGAGCUGAGUUAGGGAGGGGGGAAAAUUACGCCGGGCUGCGCUGCUCACCAAAAUACCAAAUUGUGCUUGGGAAUGCCUUGUCGGCGCGGCGGACCUGACUUACGCCGCGCUUGCGGCACGUCUCCGGCGAGACACGAAAAUAAAGCCCUUUGAGGGAAUACCGUGAGUGUACCGUCUUUUGUUUCACAGAGACAUGGCUGAACUCGCACAUCCCGGACCACAGCGUGGCGGCACCCGGCUUCAGUGUUGUUCGGGCGGACAGAGACGUUAUUAGCAGUGGUAAGAAGAAGGGAGGAGGGAUUGCACUGUAUGUGAGUGAGAGGUGGUGUAAUCCCGGACAUGUGCAUAUGAAGGAACGUCUCUGUGAACCAGACAUUGAACUGUUUGCUGUCGGAAUGAGUCUGUAUUACCUGCCCCGGGAAUUCACGUCCGCCAUUGUGAUCGCUGUUUACAUCCCUCCAUCAGCUGAUGCACCGAUGGCCUGUGAUGUCAUCACCUCCCCUGUGCCAGGGUACAGACCCAACAUCCCAAUGCCUUCACUGUUAUUGCUGGAGACUUUAAUCAUGUCUCACUGGACAAAGUACUGCCAACAUUUCACCAGUAUGUUGACUGCCCCACCGGAGAAAAUAAAACCCUGGAUCUGCUGUAUGCAAACACCAGUGAUGCAUACAGCACCACAGCUCCCCCCCCCCGGCAGAUCAGAUCACAACCUGGUCCUGUUAACACCCAAGUAUGUCCCCCUUGUUAAGAGGCAGCCUAUUCAAACCAUGACGGUGAGGAGCUGGACUGAGGAGGCUGCUGAGGCACUGCAGGACUGCUUCGUAUCAACAGACUGGGAUGUACUCUGUGAGCCACACGGGGAGGACAUCAACAACAUGACAGAAUGCAUCACAGAAUAUAUCAGGUUCUGUGAAAACUCCACCAGCCCAAACUGGACUGUAUGCUGCUUCCCCAACAAUAAGCCAUGGAUCACCAGUGACCUGAAAGCCCUCCUUAAUAAGAAGAAGAGGGCUUUCAAGUCUGGUGACAGAGAGGAGCUGAGGAGAGUGCAGCAUGAACUCAGGGAGAAACUGAGAGGGUGUAAAGACACCUACAGGAGGAAGCUGGAGGCCAAACUCCAGCAAAACAAUGUGAGGGAUGUGUGGACUGGGAUGAAGCACAUCACAGGAUGUAAAGGGAGACAAAGGCAACCAUCAGGCACCCUGGAGAGAGCCAACGAGCUGAACACUUUCUUUAACAGGUUCAGCUCACAGCCGUCUGUCUCCCUUAUACAUCCAGUCCCCCACACUCCUUCACCACAUCAACCCCUCCCCCCUCUCCCCCCUGUGGUGAGCAAUCCUGUGCAGCACCUUUCCUCCCCCUCCCCCUCAACCCCCCCUCCACUGGAGACAUCAGCACCCCAACAUGACCGUGACUAUGGGCCAGGUUAGGAGAGGCUCCACCAGAGGAAGGCAGCAGGACCUGAUGGCAUCAGCCCCAGGAUCCUGAGGACCUGCGGCAGCCAGCUGUCUUCUGUCCUCCAACACCUCUACAACCUCAGCCUGAAUCAAGAGAGAGUCCCAGUGCUGUGGAAGACGUCCUAUCUCGAUCCUGUUCCAAAAAAGUUGACUCCAUCUGACCUCAAUGACUACCGACCAGCUGCCCUCUCAUCCCAUCUGAUGAAGGUGCUGGAGAGGUUGGUCUUGGCGCACCUAAGGCCGCAGGUGAAGGAGCUCUUAGACCCUCUACAGUUUGCCUACCAGCCCCAUCUGGGAGUUGACGAUGCUGUCAUCUACCUGCUGCAACAAGCUCAUUUGCAUCUGGAUGGUGGUGGAAGCACUGUGAGAAUCACCUUCUUUGAUUUCUCCAGUGCUUUUAACACCAUCCAGCCAUUGCUGCUGGGUGAGAAGCUGCGGAUGAUGGGCGCUGACACCUCCAUUGUCUCCUGGAUCACUGACUACCUGACAGACAGGCCACAGUUUGUCCAUCUGGGCAGUGUUCUGUCUAGCGUGGUGGUCAGUAAUGCAGGAGCUCCACAGGAGACUGUGCUGUCCCCUUUCCUUUUUCACCUUGUACACCACUGACUUUCAGUACAACUCUGAGUGGUGCCACCUGCAGAAAUUUUCUGAUGACUCGGCUGUUGUUGGGUGUAUAAGUGAGGGAAGGGAUGGGGAGUACAGAGCAGUGGUGGAUAACUUUGUGGAGUGGGCUGGACGCAAUCACCUGAGGCUGAAUGUCACCAAGACCAGAGAGAUGGUCAUGGACUUCAGGAAGAAGAGGACGGCUUAACAGCCGCUGUGCAUCCUGGGAGAAGAUGUGGAGGAGGUGGAGGUCUACAAGUACCUGGGCGUCAAUAUCAACAACAGACUGGACUGGAAAUCCAACACCGAUGCUGUCUACAAGAAGGGGAUGAGCAGACUCUAGUUCCUGAGUAGAUUGAGAUCCUUCAACGUGUGCAGCAAGAUGUUGGAGAUGUUCUCCUAGUCUGUGGUGGCCAGUGUACUUUUCUUUGCCGUGGUUUGUUGGGGGAGCAGCAUCGGAGCCAGUGACACCAACAGACUCAACAAACUGAUCAGGAAGGCUGGCUCCCUGAUUGGCUGCAAACAGGACACUGUGGAGGCUGUGCUGGAGAGGAGGACACUGACCAAACUGUUAUCCAUCAUGGAUAACCCUGACCACCCUCUCCACCCCACUCUGGACAGACAGUGGAGCUCCUUCUCCAACAGACUGUCGAAGGGACAGAUACAGGAAACCUUUCCUGCCACAAUUUAAUAACUCACAUCUGUAAGACAGGGACUCACAUCUGUCUGCUGUAUAGUCCAUUUUUAAAACUCCUACCAUAUCACAUUACUGAGCACCUUAAUUUGUCUGUUUAUUUAUCAUCCCAUCUGUUUAUUUCGCAUUUCAUAUUUAUAACUCAUUUCAAUAGCCCACAUUCUUCAUAUCUCACUUUUUUAUCUUAGGAUGUUUAGUAUAUCUAUCUAUCUAUCUAUCUAUCUAUCUAUCUAUCUAUCUAUCUAAAAUUCUUUAGUUUGUAUACACAAUUUAGUGCCUGAUGUAGCUUUUAUUAUUUUAUGUUUUUUUUUUCUCCUGUAUAGCACUUUGUCUGGCCUGUCCUAUAAAGGUGCUAUAUAAAUAAAUGUGACAUUGACAUUGACAUUGACAUUGAUAUUUGGCGUCUUAAUAGAUCAGGUCGAGAGUUCUUCCUGCAGCUGUAAAGAUUUAUGACUUCUGUGUGAACUCACAGCUUACCAUCUUCUAGACUAAAAAAGAAAGAAAUUUAAGCUGUCAGGACACAGCAAGUGGCUCAGGAAGUGAGUUUCUCCUCAGUCCUGCUCCUAAAUACUUAAACCUGCUCUGAAAGGGAUGUAAAGAUUUUCAGUCCUUUGACAGACAUCUCAGCUGACCACCAUCUCUUUACCCCCAGAGAAGAGAGCUUGUGCAGACCUGGAGCACUGCUACAGCCCCUCUGUGAUCAACACCUUUAGUUUGUUGGUUUACAAUAAAACAGAUUUUAAAUGUAAAACACCACUGUGGAGGCUGGAUGUAUUAUCAGACCCCAUGUUGUUUAUCACUACCUAUUUCAACAAAGUACUUUUAAGUGACUGAUUACUUAAUUCCUCGAUUAACCAUUGACAAACCAUCCCAUAUAUUCAGUAAUACCUCUCCCCUGAGCAGUACAGCUGCAUUUAAUCUUGUUACAUCUUGCCCUUGUCAAUGCUUGUUGAAAUUUCAAAUGCACCUUUAACCGGGGAUUCCACUGGAACAGCUCAGCUCCACUCUUGAUUGGCAGGCAGAUCAAAAACACAAGUAUACAGUGCCCACCGGAUCUGAUCUGCUGCCUCAAGCAGAAGAGAAGUGCUUUCAAUAUACUGAUAUUUCUCGUGAGACUGGACAAGAUCUCAUGAGAUCUCGCAUGUUUCACUGUUAGACAUUGAAUGAGAUCGGCACUGUAUAUAAACUGUAGCUGAGUCUGAAACAGAAAGAAAGAGAUGUGAAACCUCCAAUUUAGAGGAUGUGAUUCUCUGCUCAAGAGUUAGGUCAAGGUCACAACAAAAGCAAUGUACCACCCCGGGGAUUUCAAUCUGGAGCCCUCUCUCUGGGUCAGGGUGAGGAUUCUGAUUAAAAGUGAAUUUUCAAUCCAAACAGAUGAAAAAGAUGGGUGGACAUGACAGGAGAAAGUUUAGACUCAGACCACUUCUGAGAGAAACUGCAACUAAAGCCAAGAGACUUGAGGCCCUUUCAUGAUUUUGAGUCUGAUUAACUCCUCAGCCUGCCACUGUGCUCCUCUCUGACCACUUCAUCAAAGCUGCAAACCCUCACUCUAAUUGAUGUUAAGUCCUUCACCUGUUAGGAGCAUUUGGACACUUUUCAGUCCUCCCUCCUGCUGUGCUGAAGCAUUGGCUCUCCUCGCCUUGAGUUAAGAGCUCUUUCUUCUAAUUUUCCUACUUUUUUUUACCCCUCCUCUCUCAGGAGUAAUCAGAACUGCUUUGGCCAACAUGGAUCGUGAGGUGAAAGAGGAAUACCAGGUCCUCCUUCAAGCCAAAGACAUGGGUGGGCAGCUUGGGGGGCUGGCCUCAACCACUACCAUCAACAUCACCUUAGGUGAUGUCAAUGACAACCCACCACGCUUUGCAAAGAGUAAGAAAGUCUCAUUUUUUUAAUCAUUAUUUGGAUGGUUCAAUGAGACAUUUAUUGUGUGUUUUACAGACUCAGUUACUUAAGACUUGGGACAGUGUAUGAAUUGUUCAAUUUGAAUUAGAAUUACAAUAUAAACUGAAACUGAUGGUUUGCUAGUUGUUUAGGUUGAAAUCAAUGAAAAGAUAUAAUUUUAAGAGACAACAGCUAAAACAAAACUUUUUAAAUGGAGGCUGAAAUAAUGACAUUUUUAAUACACCACUGUGAGAAACAGGAGGCGUUUUUAAAACUGAAGAUGAUGUGAGGCUGUUACGGAGCAAUCAGAGAGGUCUGAAAAAAUGCAUAAUACUCCCUCUUUAAUGAUAUUAUGUUCUGCAGAUGAUGAAAUCCAUUCUUCUUUCACAUUUGACUCUCAGGAACAUUAUUCUGAAACUGUUGAACUAUUAGCUCACGCAGUCUCUCACAGAGCCUCUUCCCAUCUUUCCUUCUGAGAGACUCAGCCUCUCUAAAUGUCCUUUUUAUACCCAGUCGUGUGACAAACAUAAGAAAUUAAUUAAUUGAAUUAUUUUUCUGAAGCAUUUCACUACUUUUUACCUGUUUGGUUGUUCCUCUAAUAUAUAUAUAUUUCCAAAUAUGUAUUAUCUAUUUAAUUAAUCUAUUUUUAACUAUUUCACACAGGUGUUAUGGAAUUGGGGUUAUAUUGAAUCAGUGUAUAUGGUCUUAUUUGAUUGUUAUUAUGGAUUUUCAUACCUUCACCUCACUUUCUUUCCUCUAUUGUUCUGUAGGUAUUUUUCACCUGCGGGUACCAGAGUCGGCAUCAGUGGGCUCAGCAGUGGGUCGGAUUCGAGCCCAUGAUCUGGAUGCUGGUAGUAAUGCAGAGGUGGAUUACAUCAUUGUUCCUGGAGAUGAGGGCAACAUGUUCGAUAUUCUCUCUGAUGGCCAAACUCAGGAGGGAGUCGUAGUGUUAAAAAAGGUAAAUUUGCUUCUCUUUAUUGGUUUAACUUUAAGGAAAUUAGUUGUUAGGCAUUAUUCUCCCAAAUAUGGAAGGUCCCAAAUGGUGUAUGGGGAAUAGGUUUGUAACCAGAAAGAUUCCCUCUAGGAAACUUUGAAAGGGCUUUAGUGAUAUUUACUAUGAUGACAUUCUCAGAGAUUGCAAAUAAUUAAUACUAUAGCACUGUAUAUACAAGGAGCAUACCUAAAAGAAACAUUUGUUUUUCAAGUAUUUAGUUAUACAACACAAAUUGAAGCAGAAGACAUUUGAAUACUCCAAUAGUUGCUCUUUUUUAUGGCUUGUCCAUAGACUGUAGAUACUAUGGACAACUUGGCCUUCCGUCAUUAUAUGAAUUUGAAGCCAAAUUGCUCUUGGUAUUUCUAGGAUUUUCCCCACUUCCUGGAACCACCACUUGCACAGGAGCGUUGUAUGCAUUGUUUGUCCACAUCUCCAUUAAGAUUACUGGAGGAGGUGGGAUUUAAGACCUAUACUGUAGCCCAUCACCAGAGGGUGCUGUUCUUAUGGAGGCUUUACUAAGAGAGGAGGCAGACGACAAACAUUCUAUAUACAGUCUAUGGGCUUGUCCCACUGGCUUCACCGUAUAAUUUUUCAGCAGUCCUGGCCCCUUUACUUUUGUAUGGGUGCCAGUGCCUCUGUGCAUUUGGCCCUAAUUACAAACCGCUUCUCUUACUUUAAAGCCCUUUUACACAACAUGAAUAUUCACCCAUUAACACUACAUUUCUACACUCAUGGCACAUAAGGCUAUUGUAACCAAACACAACUUACCCACUCUCCUCCAGCAGCCGCUUGUUUGUGGGGUAGCUCUAAUCACCAAGUGCAGAGGAGUUUCUCAGCUAAAGGAAGAACAUUUAUGAUUAUUACUCCAUGGAAAUGCAAUCAGACCGAGAUGGUGCGUCUACAGUGCUAAAUGAUUAUCAUGAUGAUUAUUACUUUAUGGUGAUCAACUCAUCAGGGCUUCCCCACAAACAAGCUGGUGAGUUGUGUUUGGUCUCUUUGCUAAUGAAACCAGGCAAAGCUAAAAAGAUGUUUGAUGGCUUGUACUAUGGCUGGGACCCUAUAUGUACUGUUGAUGAAGUUAGGUGCUAUUCUGAGCAUUAUUUGUGCAGUCAUUGCUGACAUUGGUGUAAUUAGAGAAACAACCGGUGGCAACAUUCAUCUGUUGAGGGGGUGUCUAACUCGGUGUUACAGUGUGUUUGACCCUAACUUAAAUUUACACAAGAAUAUCCCUUUAAGAGGCUGUUUUUGGUCCAAUCAUCGUCAUUUUAACUGAACCUAUUUUUUGCCUUUGUACAUCUUUGUUUGUAAGAAACAAUCACAGAGACUGUGAGCAUAGUGAGAUGUGGAUUGACGGUUAAUCUUGUCUCCAAAAUGUGAUGGCUGUUAAGAUUUAGUGCUCAGAAACUCGCCGUCAUAUCAGCUCUGAUUUAGAGGACGGUCUGAUGUUAAAGCCUUUGUAAUCCUCUGAUGCCAAACUGCCUAAAGUGAUAUGACGUGUGUGUGGUCCAGUGACUUAGAUCUGAUGCAGGAUCCUCUAGAUAGAACAUUUAGCAUAGAUAACGUUUUUGGAUCCUCAUAUGACUCCUUCUGGAGAUUGGUUUUGCUUUUCGUAUUUUAAUAAGGAACAAAACUGAGAGUAAACAAGAUAUUGGUCCGUAAGUAGCAAGUCAUCAGGUUUCUGCUUGGAAAGAGAAUUUUUUUUGCAGUUUUCCAUUGAGACAGAUUGAAUACUGUACUGGAAAUAAAUGAAAAACCCUAAAUAAAACACAUGCUUUUAAGGUCAAAGUAAGCUAAUUAUCUCUGUGACCAUCCAAUCAGUUUCUCUCCAGCUUUUCUCCCCCAUUUAUCCCCCAGCACCAACCUUGAUUAUCAUGGAUGCUGUUAGCUGACACAGCAGAGUGCAGACUGUUGGUGAGUGUGUGAGUAAGUGUGAGGUAUUAUCCAGUCAUAUAGCUGGGUAGGUGGAAGGUCAAAAGGCAGAAUGAUUGGGAUCACAGCCAGAUCAGCACAUUGCUCUCCUCUCUUAGAUCACCGACAGGCACAUCGACACAAAGUGCUGGUGUUUGCAUUAUCUCCUUUUUCCUCAGACCUUAAAAUGAGAUCCAAUCCGAUACUGUCUGCUUGACAUUUUUCUGCUUUGGGACUAAUAAAAAAAAAAAAAAAAUCUUCUUACAGUAAUUAGCCAUUUGUUUAGACAGAGUAUAGCUCUCCAAGAGGUGAAGAGACUUCACAGUUUACCAUUGGUAGACAUUUAUUACCAUACAUUAAAGGGAUAUUCUGGCGUAAAAUUAAGUUGGGGUCAAACACAUCAUAACACCGAGUUAGACAUCCCCUCAAAAGAUAAAUGUUGCAGACUGCUUGCUUCUCUAGUUAUACCAGCUUUAGCGAUGACUGACGAGCAUAGAGACCAAACACAACUCACCAACUCUCCUCCAUAAGCCGCUUGUUUGUGGGGGAGCCCUGAUGAGUCGAUCACCAAGUGCAGUGGAUCAUUUCCCACAAACAAGUGGUUGCUGGAGGAAAGUGGGUGAGGUGUGUUUGGUCUCUUUGCUAAUGAAAUCAGGCAAAGCUAAAAAGAUGUGGCUAGUACUAUGGGUGGGACCCUAUAUGUACUGUUGAUGAAGUUAGAAGCUGUUCUGAGCAUUAUUUGUGGCUAUAGAGUGGCAUUUUGGUUGAGGUUUGCGCGUGGAGACAAAGAACGCUGUGUAUUGCUAUCAUGUGGUUGUUACUAAAGUUGGUAUAAGUAGAGAAGCAAGCGGUCAGCAACAUUCAUCUGUAGAGGGGGUGUCUAACUCGGUGUUAUGGUGUGUUUGACCCUAAUAUAAAUUUACACUGCAAUAUCCCUUGAAGAGAUCAGGCCAUUAUACAGACUAAAAACCACUGAAACAUAAUGUAGUAUACUUAAGUAUGUUUUUUUUUUUUUUUGUAACUCUAGAAAAUAAAAGACAAAUCUAUUCUUCAUCUUUUGGGUGGUGUACUCAGGUUGUUUGUGGGACAGGGGCAAGAAGAAUUAAAAAAAGGGCAGGUUCUAUGUGUCAUAGGGCACCAAUUAAUGAAGAUCUGACUUUAGCAGAAUUUGGAGGUGACAUUAUAAACUCCAGUUUCUGUCUCUCCUUGGCAUUACAGUUUCUCAUCAUAAAGUAGCAGCACAACAAAAUCCUUUACAGUCUGUCAACAUUAACAGUGGGCUGGUGAAAAUGUUAUUGUAGAAACCCUGGACAUUUGAUGAUCUGGAGGCUCAUCACUUUUACUCAUUUGUUUUACACAUCAAGGAUGUUAUUGUGACAGAUGAAAUAAAUGUGUUAGCGCUAAUGUUCUCUGUGUUUCAGGACUAUUUAAAAAAAAAAAUCUAAAUCUUGAUUUUCUCCAAGGUUUUCUUCACUGCCCCAUUGGGCUUCCAUACUCCCACCUCAUUUGCUUCUUACAAAGACAAAAAACAACAAAAACAUGUGGCAUUCACAGAGUCUGGUGCCAUCUAGGGGCUCUAUUUUCAUGUCCGCCGGUGAUGCGGCGGACAGUGGCGGACCCAACGCAGUGGUAUUUUUGUCUGGCAGAGCCUGGCACACAGCUGGUUUAGUAUUUUCGUAGACUGAGGCGCGCCAAGGUCCGCCAAGCUGGGCGUAUUACGCAAACGUCACUGAUGCCUCACCGCUCACCGGCAGGUUUCCACAGUGUCAGGCACUUUACAGUGCAAUAAAUAAUCAUCAACAACCAAUAUUCUGAGUCAGCACAUACAUUUAGAUCUAUAUCGAUAUAUUCAGAUCUAUAUCUUAUCUGAUAAGCGCGUUUGGCACGCGUUUGGACACUCCACCUGACCGAAUUAAUACAGCUGAAACCGCAUUAAAUUAAAUAGCCAGUAAACAGUCACACAUGAUGAAGUUAACAAGAUAUUUAAUUCGUCUCCCCGCUUAUCCUCCUUCUUCCUCGCACAGCUCGAUAGGUGUCAUGCCGUAGAAUGCACCCCCCACCACUGCAUCCCAUCUACUCACUAGCUUCUUAAAGUGGAAAAAAAUUAUCUCAUAUUAAAAAAAAAAAUACAGUAUUGGAUCAUGACAACAUGUCAAAUGGAGCAGUAAACUUUCGAUCUGUUUUUAGGUAUUUAAAAAAUGCACAUACAGAGGUGUACUUGGGUAUAUAAACUGUACAGUAAGCUGUUAAGGUAGAAAACAUCAUAUUUUUGGGGCAGCAAAUAUUCUGAAUCAGAGGGCUGUUGUUUUCGGCUUAUCUGAAUAGCCUGAAUGAAAUCAUUAAAGGCACACACUUUCGAAUCAGUCUAAUGGUAAGGAAAACUUGGAUUAUUUCGCAACUUUAAGUGAGUGUCUUUAUUUGUGGAAAAGGGUGUUUGUCUUACCAGUGGGUCCAACAUUACACACACCAAAUCCAUCUGUGCUCAUAUGAGAGAGUGUGAAGGACGCCCUCUGCAGCGUUUACAGCGAUACUUGUUGAGGGCCUGCCUUCUGUCGCCAUUGUGUGGCAUUGCUGUCUUCAGACAUCUCUUGAUCUCUUUGACUACUUCACGAAAAUUGUAAUACGCCUCGCCAGUGGCAGAUUUAAAGGCAAGGAGAGGAGCUGAUGUUAUUGGUCAAUACAGGCCUCGGCUGUGUUAAACCCACUCCACACCCUCUCUCCUCCCUCGCUACGACUUACGCCGCUGGGAGGAGCUGAGUUAGGGAGGGGGGAAACUUACGCCGGGCUGCGCCGCUCACCAAAAUACCAAAUUGUGCUUGGAAAAGCCUUGUCGGUGCAGCGGACCUGACUUACGCCACGCCUGCGCCACGUCUCUGGCGAGGCAUGAAAAUAGAGCCCUUAGUCUAAUUAGAUACAGUUUUGCAGUGUUACAUUUCGGAAUCUGUACUAGGCACGGAGGUUAACUGAAUGCUGUAUGAUCAAGUUAUGGUCCAGGUCUUUGACUAACUCGUGUUUCAGAUUACAGGAGUAACAGCAUCCAUCAGCAUGAUUUAACAUAUCAUGACCUUGGAGUGAUAAUCAGGCUUUAAUGCAGUCUUAUCAGCUGAUAUGAUUAGAGUGGCCUGUUAUGUACAAACGUAGUCAAAUAUGUUUAUUUAGCACAGGGAUCCUGUCUGUUAGGAAUAAAACCAGCCAACAUCUGCCACAUCUUCACCAUUCUGCUUAUAUUGAUUUUUUAACUUACAGAUGGGUCUUUUUAUUUUUUUACAAGCUGACAACAUAAGGAACAUUGGAUCUGAAUUACUUGCACUUCAUGUUAACAUUUAGGACCUUCUAAAAACACUUUUCUGCACAACAAUCACAGUUUUAUUUAAUCCUCUUUUUUAAAUGUAGCCAGCCAUGGUUGACAAAAAACUGAAUACUUUCCUUCUGUGGAUCUUUGUAGACUUUUUCAUUAAUCAGUAUCAGUAACUGUGUUUUAUCUGUUUGAUUUUUAAUGUUGUGGUUGAUCUGAACAAAUCUGUAAAAGUCAUACAGUAAUAAACAAACAGAUGUAAGCAGCAGGAAACCAGCACCUCUUCCCUACAAAGCGUCAUUUUUUUUUCCACUGGUGGUUUUAAAGCUGUAUUUAGAAGAAAAAAAUAAAUAGAUAAAAAAAAAUGUGAUGGAGAAGGUCUAUCUAUCUCUGAGGGAUCUUUUUUUAAUGAAAUCUUGGACCUAGAGAAACAAUCUGAACCUGUCAGGGACAAAGGGAAAAUUUUUAGUUGACUGUUGGAUCAGGAUGCUCUCCACCAUGAGUGUGUGUUUUACAUGGACUUAAGUGACCUGGUAAUGAGUCUUAUCCUUUUUUUGACCAUAUAGUAUUUUGUGUUUAUCUGCUCACUUUCAUAGCCCUGUACUAGGGCUUCACAAUUUGGGCCAAAAAUAAAAUCCAGAUUUUUUUUCUCUAAAAACUUGAUUUUCGAUUUCAAUUUUUUAUUCAGUGACAACUUCACCAAACUUCACUUUUAUAAUAAGUUUUUCUAUCACCUCUCAAAACUAAACCACUGAAAACAAUGUAGUCUAUAUGCCAAGCCAGUAAGUGGCACUGUAACACUGCACAGGAAAUGCACAAAAGACAGAGGAAGAGUACAGAGCAUGCGUAUAAAGGUUGUUUUGGCCGGACAUGCACAGGUGCCAAAAAAGAGUUAUGCUGUGUGUAACAUAAAAUGAAACGCUGGAAAAAAACUUUUUCAUUUACUCCUGAAUUUGUUUCCGUGUGGAUGGGUUGAUACCGCCUUCAGUGGUUUGCUCUUUGUCCGAAACCGCAAAGCCGUACCAAUUCCACACGACUCACUUCCUCUUGCCCGAUAUAACCACAAUAUUAUCACCUUUUUUUGCAAAUGCCAUGUUUGUUUACACUGGUGUGUGUAGGGGGAGCCUAUGGUGACCUGGAGGUGCGAAAUAUGAUAGAGAGGAAAAUUGAUUUGAUGAUUUUAAUUUUCUUAACAUUGUCAUAAUCAAAUAAUUCGAUAACAAUUUCAAAUUGAUUAAUCAUGCAGCACUACCCUGUACACAUGGUUAAAACUUGUAUCCUGGUUUAUUUUUAGUGUAUCUUAUCCAUGCAGGGCCCUGUGAUGUUGAUUUUUUUGCAACACAAACUGCAGCAGUUAAGAAAUCUGAGGAAAAUGAAACCACUGUGGCUUAAUAUGGGCUUGGCAGUAUUAAAUACCAACGUAACACUGCUGAUUGCAUUGCAAACGCUGUGAGCACACAUUGAUUCAGCAUGAAGCAAGACUUCAGCAUCUGCUGCACCUCAGCACCACACUGCAUUGUGUUAGAAAGUGACUGAGUAUCUUCAAGAUUUAGUCAGAUCUAAAAAUUGUUGAAUAAUCGCCAGUUCUUCUGGUUUUGAUAUUCAGUCCCAUACAACUGUUUCUGUAGUACCUUCCAAUGAGACUUAACCUGCUUAGCCAUGUGUAUUGGAGAAAAUGCUGUCCUGUGUCCCAUUCACUACAGACUAGAAUAGGUCAGCGCUUUGGUGUUUUCUUCCAUCUAAAUAACCAGUUCUUUCAUGAGCAAAAGACAAAACUCUUCUUCUUCGUUGCUUUAAGGAAGUUGGGUGUAAUAAGGUGUAUGAAUGCUGCAGUGUCCCAUUUUCUGUCAGGGUACUUUAGUUUUAGACAAUAUCAAAUCUCUCAACACUUUGAUGGAGCAAUUCCAACAUUUGACAAGUUUACCUUUCAGUAUUUUCAUUAAAAGGUGGAGUUUUAUUGAUUUAAGAUUAUUAAUUAAACAAUGGCUUACAUUAUAAUUUUUUAUAAACAUUUUACACUGCAACUCUACCUUUUUGAAAUAGGUGUUGUAGCUAUUUAUGUCCAAGCUAAGUAUUUUGGUUCAAAUGGCUUCAGAUAACAGAAACAGAGUAAAAAGUAAAAGAAACACCCUGUGGUUAUACAAAUCUGUCUGGUGUGUUAGAUGUCAGCCCUAAGGUAAGUGACGUGAACACUGAGGGAUGCAGGAACAUACUGAUACGGUAUCUGUUAGUGUGACUGCUGUGUGAAAAUCAGUCCAUUAAAGCUGUAUCAGAUCCUCAGUGAGCUCCUCUCCUCUCUCCACACCUUCCCUCUCUAGUGUCUGUGGAAAAAUGCCAAUCAGGUAAAUCCUCUCUGGCUCCCUCACUGACAAUCAGCCUGUUCCCUCCUCCCUCUCCUCACCUGAGGAGUCAAUGUGUCAGUAAAACAGAUCCAGUCUAUUGAUUCAGGAGGAGUUUGACUUCUCUGCUUUUGGUUGAACAGGUGACGUGACGGGGGGGGUGUAAAGUUCUGUUAAAACGUUCAACUACGCUGGCCUUGGUCUCGUUUAAUGUGGAAAAAUGGAUGAUGUCAUACUGAUACAGCAGAGUUUUAAAAUGCUUAUUAUAAAACUCGGUACAUGCAUCCGUUUGAACUUUUGUUGGAAUGCGUCCGUCUCUUAGAAUAUCUUUAAAUGCACUUGUGACAGCGGGGCCUGAUUUGUUUCUUAGAAGCCUCACCCAUGCAUAUUUAGAGAAUACAUCGAUACUCAUCAGCAUGGACCGAACGUUGUCAUUUUCUGAUGAGAAUUCACCCAUUACAUAUCAACUAGUGCUGAAACUGUUUGUCGAUUCCACUAACAAGAACCCUAUUUCUCGGGAAAUUUCUUGCAGCGUGUGCAUGCAGAGUGUAAACAUCCUGGCCUAGUAAAAACCUCUUGACGGUUGGUAAUGGAGGUGUAACACCUGUUUGUUCCCCAACUGCUUUGCGCAGUUUAUGCACACCUCAUAGACCAGCUGGAUGGCCAGGAUCAUAAUAAAUUUUAUGCAAGGUGUUUUCCAUAGUCUGGUUGAGGCAUAAAUUAGUAGACGAAAUAGAUUACAAUGUGGUUUAUUUAUUUAACUCCAGAUAGCAGAUCGUGAUAAACAAAUCAAUAACAAAAUUAAAGGGUACAUUGGCACACAACAACCUCAAUCAUUUCAGUUUCCUGAAAUGGAUGACUACUUUUAAGUAAUUAUUGGCUGCUGCAUCGUCAUACAUCUUAUUUAUCUUAUCUACAACAUUAUCAACUGUUUUUAAUUCAUUGAGAAAAGCCUCUGCCGCAUCAUGGAAAAUGCCGUCAUCAAUCUUCAUGCAAAACAUGGUCAGAUAAUGCUGUAUGGCUUCAAUAAAAUGGUUGUUCCAUAGUUUUUUCAUUAAUACAUCAAAGUGAAUCUCAUAGAAUGAUUCCAGAAUUGUUGUCACACACUCAUGAUGUUUUUGACUGGGGUGGUUAAUCUGACAUCCAUAGCAGAUCUCCCACCAGUAUUGAUACAACACGGUGUUAACCAGAUGGACAACAACUUCCUUAAUGAAGGAAGGUCCCCGGUCGCAUGCCUCAUGAUCUUCUGGGCUCGGAGAUGAAGUGGUUGACCAGGUCGACCAGGUCGACCAGGGUGAUGGAGGUGGGGUCUGGAUCAGCAGUGCUGGUGGGCUCAGAGAUGAAGGGGGUGUCCAGGGUGAUAACGGAGGAGGUGUGGAUACUCUGUCAUUUCCUGUUGAAUAGAAAAAAAGGCAUUGUUAACUUUUUUUUUUUUUUUUGACAAGUCAGAGGCAUCCAACAUAAACACAAAAAUAUACAACCCACCUAUUUAUGCAUAGUAGUCUACGUGCCUGAUGAUUUUCGGCUUACCUGUGUAGCCCUGUGUAGACGAUUAAUGGCUGAAAUCAAGAUAUUUUCUAAUAUGUUCAUAAGAGACUGCCACUCUAUCUCUCUUGAUGGCUUCGUCAACUUUGUUAAACGCUCGCAUACUACAUGCUACUGCUACAUACUACUGCUAGAUCCUACUCCUACAUACUAAACACGUUGGCCCAAUUCGGACACACUAGACGAGCGGUGGGGAAAGACGACCCCCGCAGGCAGAGAGUAGGUACUGCGCCCGUUUUAGACUGAAUGGUAAUUGUGCAAGUGAUGGAUGCUGCUGUAUUAUAUUCCUACACUGCUUUAGAAAUUCACAAAGUAGCUUUUCCAUUACUUUUAGCCUUCAUUCACUCACGUGGUGAUCGUUUGUUCAAUGAGAUCUACCUGAUUACUGCAGCUGUGCAGUUUAAUGAUGGAAUAAGUGAGCUUUACCUCCAUGAUGUCGCCACAUGUUUGCUCAUAAAAUGAUUACUUGGGCAAAUAUGACACCAUGACAUGACAAAGGGAUACAACCGCACAUUUUUUUAGGACAGUGUAUGAAGUUACAUUAAAAUUACAUCUGUACUGCUGCGGUCCUGCCCCCUGCUGCUGCUGCUGCUCCACCAUGGUGCGCACUGCUGUUGCCAGCCGGCGUUCGCGACACAUUUAAAUAGGCAGAACAGCUGGUGGCGCUAGCAUCACAUGCGCUUCUACAACUUUUAAGAGGACGAAGAAGAAGCCCGCGGUGCAUUUUGGGUCAGUAGCAUGCCCGUAGGAUGCACCGCGACCAACCUACAAUGUGGGCGUGUCUAAUAUCUGAAGUAGUAUCUGAAGUAGCAUGCUACUCACUCCGGUGGCCAAUUCGGACAUGCCACAUACUACUUCGACUACUACUUCGACUACUACUUGGCAAUUCGGACACAGCUUUAGGUUCUGUUUUUUUUAAUGUAAAUGAUUAAAAUGUAUACAAAUGUGUAUCAACUUGAUACUACCUGCAAACUGAUAUGCACCCUUAUCCAUUGACAGCAUGCACAGAGGAUUUCAUCUUUCAAAUGUACACAAUAAUACUUUGCCUAUUUAGUUUGUUUGCCUUAGUGAAUAUGUAGUAUGGCACAUUUUCUACCUUUGCAGUUUUGAAUGUAAGACUCCCUUUGCAACUGACCAAGUGUGAAAAUGAUCACAGUGAUUCAGGCUGCACCUAAAUGGAAGAAGAAGAAGAAGAAGAAGAAGAAGAAGAAGAAGAAGAAGAAGAAGAAGAAGAAGAAAGCCUAAUGGCUCUGGGUAUGAAAGAUCUGUCAAUUUUAGAUCUUUCGGUCCUGCAGCAUACAACACCUUUGACAGCUCACAUGUCCAGGUGCCCUGUGUUGUACACAGAUGGCUGCUACUGUGGCGAGGAGGAGACAGGAUAACAUAUGCAAAUCAGUCUGAUUUAUACUAAUUUUUUAAUUCAUAUUUAGUCAUUUGAAACUGACCACAAAGAACCACUGUAGUCUUUAAAAAAUAUAUAUGACAUUAAUGUCUGUCCUCCUCUGUUCACCAAUAUUACAUUUCCCUCCACUUAGAUGAGAUGCAGGGCUGACCAGCAGUCUGGUGUGCAUAGCAGUAACCCGAUAUCCUCUGUGCCAGAGGAAGCAGCUCACAUCAUCUGUGUAAUAGAUGUCAAUCUUCAAGAGCUGCUGACUGUUUGUAGUUUGUACAUCAAGUUGUUUUUAAUUUCAUUUUGUACUUGCUGUCAGUCUGCUUACUGUCCAAACUCUUGACGAUGUAAACCAGUUUCACUUGCAAAACCCUAAAAUGAAUACCACCACCUCCACAGUCUUUGCACCUGAUGUCAAUUAUACACACACACACACACACACACGCACACACACUCACAUAAUGUGUGUGAUAUAGUGGAGACAAUUUCAUACUUGUCAGGUGGUCUCUUAGUAGAUCAGUCUCAGGAUAAACAUGGACAUAGUCUCAGUGAUGUCACUCUGUGGUUUCUAGAGUGGAUACAUAAAGCCUACAGUGGCAGACACCACACUGAAGUUUGGCUCAACCUAACUCUUAGUCAGCUACGCCUCAUAUUUUACAAAUUUGAUCUUAAAAAAAUUCAAAACUAAUGAGAGAAUUUACCCUGUACAGUGAGAGCAGAGAGAAAUGAGACCAAGAAUCAGUUCUUGAACUAGACUCUAAAUGCUUUUAUUUUUCGCUGUAAAGAAGGGUGACUGUGUGCAGUUCUAGAGCUUCUGAAGCCAGCAUUUGGUGGACACUUGAGGAACUGCAGUUUUUAGCACUUCUACAUCAGCCCCAGGCUUAGCAAUAAUACAAGAGUUUAUACCUUGCAUUGUUGAUGUGAUGCUCCAUAAGUAAAGUGCAUUGUGGUGUAGUGAUUGGUUCCUGGUUUCACUGCAUCAUCACUCAAACAUUUUUUUAAAUAUUUCUUUCACUGAUUUACUGGAACAACAUGUAACCACAGUAACUAGGUAUGUCAAACAUUAAGAAACAACAUCUGAUGCUACACUGUAAUAGCUUCUUUGUUUGCAUGUAAUGUUUCAAUCUGAAAACAUGUUGAAACACCAAGAUUUUUUUUUUUUCAUGAAGCUUUCAAAGCUUUCCAGCAGUUUUCCCUGUGAAGAAAUCCUUGGCCCAAAGUGUGGACAAGCAAACAGACGCAGUGAAGACAACAGUCAAGUCAAGGAAUGAGAAUUGCCUGUGGCAUUAUGAGAAAAACUCAGUUUGAUAUGUAUAUGAAUGUGUCUUGGUACAGCUGCGGCUGUAUUUCCAUAUCAAAGGGGCUGUCUCUUGCAUCUCUCACCUGAGCAUUUGAAAAUAGAUACUAAGAGUGAGGAAGAAUGGAAACUGACCCUCCUCCAAGUCCAAAUCAAUCAGUUAGUCCUGCAUACCUUAAAGUGAUUGGACAUCAAUCACAAAACAUGCUGCCUUUGAAGUACCCACUGGAGGGAUUAAUAAACCAAGAUAUAUUCAUCAUUACCAUGCAACAGAAAAACAGGUUAUCCUAGCAUCAUGCUUGAAACGCAGGAGUGAAAUUCUUAAAAAGCCUGAAUCACUGACUGUGCCAUGUUCGAAGCAGAGCCUACACCCAAACUGUAAAGUGUUAAACUACACAGAGUGACUUUGGUCUUGAAGACUUGAGUUGGGCUUUUUAAUAUCCUGAUGUUUUUUUGUUUUGUUUUUUUUAACUGGUGACCAUGUUUGAAUAAAAGGGUGCUGCGAUAGAGGUAAGUAAGGGAAAGUAGGCAGCAACUAAGUUACAAAGCCUAACCUUUUACUUUUUCUUUAUGUUGAGGAUAAGCUGGUGAUAAAGCCUCUGGAAAAAAAAAAACUUUCUGUAAGUUUGAUAUUUGGCUGGAAGCUGGUGAUAGAAGGAAGGAUUCAAUUUGGACAUUCAAAUUUUUCAUUGGAAAUCAAAGGCUGCUGUGGCUCAGAUUUGGGACAGCCCUAGAAAUUUGGGGUUCAAUCACGCUAUCCACAAGCUUAAGUGGAUAUGAUGACUUUAACUGUUUUUUAAACUGGACAUUUACACCCCAACUGUCAUGAUGCAGGGUUAAACAAAGGAAAGGGACCCAAAUGCAGAACAAAAGAUUUAUUUUAUAUGUAAAAAGCCAACAAAAAGUUCCUUAGAAAAUGUCCAGGAAAAAAAUCCAAAGAAAAAAAACAAGGAGCAAAAUCCAACAAAAAGGCACAAGGAAAAAUUGCAAAGAGACUCACUGGGAUAUGUCAUUAACAAGGACAUACUCAAAGACAAACACACAAUGAACCAACAAAGAAACAGGGGAAGACAAGGGCUACAUACACACAGGGAGACAAGCAACAAGAGGCAGGUGAAAGACUAAAACACACAUACAGACAAUUACUAGAGAAGGGAAAACUGAGGAAGUAAAACUAGACUUUACACACAAGGAUAGACUACAACAAAAAAAAACAGGAAUCACUGAAAACUGAUCUAAAGAAUAAAACACUGAGAACCUGAGGGGAACAGAGUUAAACACUAACUGAAAAAUCACAAGACAAGAUCACAGGAACAAUAAGGAACAGAAACACUAGGAAAAAUACACAGAAAAUACACUUAACACAACAAAGAGAAAACUAAAUUAUCAGGACGUAUCAUGACACCAGCCUCUAAUAUACAUGUGUGAAUGUAAACAUGCUGGUAGUGCUGGGGAAAGGGGUAUGGAAAUGCAGUCCAUUUACCAUUUGGAGCCAAUGCCAUGUGUGAGAGAGUUCAGCUGAGGUCUUAUCAGCUCAGAGUGGAUGCUGAAGCAGGUCAAGCUGUUUUAUAUGGAGGUACAAACUGUACGAGGCGCUGCCACAAUCUUUGCUUUAUCCAGGCUAUUGUGUGACCUAACCUUGUAUGAAUGCUAAGUUUAUAAAAUCUAUUAAAACAUAUCGACUCAGGUUACCGAUAACAGAUUUGCCUCAUAAAUCAUGCCCUCCACUGCAUGGAAGUACAUUAGAUUCCUGAUAAUAAAAAGUACUGUAUCAGCAUUGGUGUAAAUACUGUAUUACUUGGUAAUAGCUUCAAACCAUAACUUGCAAUAUCACACAUCGGACAAAGUAGUCUGAGGACUGCGGGGGAUUUUGGUCAUCACGUGGUCUUCAGGUGUAGAAUACCAUAAUACAGCAUUUUCACCAAGAGGCCUGGUUCAGUACACUAUACCUAAUUAUUAGCAUUUCCAUGAAGUUGAAGAGUUGGAAAAAGUACCCCAAAAAAACUGCUCACAUCAAUGUACUUUUUGGGGAGAUUAAAAAAAAAAAAUGUGUCCUUUGAUCUAAUGUUAUCUAAAAUUUAACAUAGCUAACCUGCAGCGGACUUGAUCCUUGACAACUUAUUAGCCAGAUAAAAAAAAGUUCUCUUAAAGAGUGAUGUCAUUUACGUCUUUCACCAAAUAACUGCCCUGGACACAACUUCAAAAUAAAAGCAUUGCAUGAAAAUAAAGGGGUCUCUGCACAGAAAACAGGCUGUUGCUUUGCAUCAUACAUUUGUCAAGUUAAAAACUUAUGCAAAGCCAAUGCAGACCUCAGUUUAUCAUUGUUCUGUGUGUUUGUUGCAGAGAUCAGUGUGACUUAGAAAAAAUCAGGUGUGCUAGCGGUCUGAACCAUUGCAUCUGUACAAACCAAAGAUAAAGUCAUCACACAGCCAAUGCACCUCUUGUGUGAAGUCCCAGGGUAUGGGGGUAGUUUGCUAUCUAAGAUAAGGGUUUAGAAAUAACUAACAACAGUUAUGCAUUCUAGAGAAAUACCAGGUGAUAGACAGACAGCAGGACAAGUAACAGGGAAAAUGUCUCUGAUGCUAAAGUGGGGAGUGGUUGUUUGAUUUCUGAAAAUGUCACUGAUGCCAAAGUGGGGAGUGGUUGUUUGACUUCUGAAAUUCAUUCAUUUAUUAAUAUUCAUUUGAACCAAUAUCAGUACAGCCCUGUUAUUUCAGCCAUGUUUCUUAUUCCUUUAAUCAUGUGUGUCUGCAGGCUCUGGACUAUGAGACCAAGAAGUCAUACACCUUUAAGGUCGAGGCAUCAAAUGCACAGCUGGACCCACGUUUCCUUCAUCUGGGACCCUUCAAGGACUCAGCCAUGGUCAAAGUGAACGUGUUGGAUGUAGAUGAGCCCCCUGUGUUCACCAAACCCUCUUACUCUCUUGAAGUGUAUGAGGACACCCCUCCAGGAACCAUAAUUGGCUCUGUGACAGCUCAUGACCUGGACGCCAGCAGCAGUGCUGUCAGGUAACAAAGAGCUCACCACUCUGACAGAAGAAUGUUACAAGGCUGUCAAACUAUUACAGGAGAGAGUUCAUCCAAGGAUUGAAUUAUCAUGUCAUGUAGAGUGAGCAGAGAAACCACUGAAAACGAUGUAGUGCAUAUGCCAAGCCAGCAAGUGGCGCUGUAACACUGUACAGGAAAUGCACAAAAGACUGAAGACAAGUACAGAGCAUGUGUAUAAAGAUUGUUUUGGCCAGACAUGCAGGGGUGCUAUAAAAGAGUUACGCUGUAUCACUUAAUCGUUUUGAGAGAUGCAGAAAGGCAGAUGUUUCUGCGUGGAUGAAACACAGAUACAACAAAAAAAUUGCAUUUAUUCCUGAAUCUGGACGGGUUGAUACAGCGUUUAGACAUAAUUUGCAGGUUUGCUCUUCAUCCAAACUGCGAAGUCAUACCAAUUCCACACAACUGACUUGCUCUUGCCCUAUUUAGCCAUGAAAUUAUCGCCUUCUUUUGCAAAUGCCAUGUUUGUUUACAUUGGUGUGUGUGUGAACUGUGAAGCACUCCCACACAAAAGGGGAGCCUACGGUGGCCUGGAGGCAUGAGACAUAAUAGAGAGGAAAAUCGAUUCAACAACUUUAACUUUUUUGACAUUGUCAUAAUUAAAUAAUCCAAAUGCGAUUUAAAAUCCCUUAAUCGUGCAGCCCUAGCCUCAGCUUAUCUCAAUGUGGCGAUAUGUUAAAGAGCAUAUUUAAUUAGACAUGUCAUUGUUCUAACAACUCCUAAUUCAUCUGAUCCCUAAAAUAAAUCAUCUGGUCAGCCUUGCCGCCACAGCAGCUGGACUGGGAGAGGACAUGGAGACAUGUCCGGUCAAGCUGCGUGAGGAAGAAGGAGGAUAAGGGGGAAGACUAAUUCAAUAUAUUGUUAACUUCAUCAUGCGUGACUGUUUACUGGAUAUUAAAUUUAAUGCGGUUUCAGUUGUGUUAAUUCAGUCAGGUUGAGUGUCCAAACGCGCUCAUCAUAUUAGAUAUAGAUCAGAAUAUAUAGAUAUAGAUCUAAAUGUAUGUGCUGAUUCAGAUACUGGCACUGAAUAUUGGUUGUUGUUGAUUAUUUAUUACACUGAAAUUUGCCUGACACUGUGAAAAACCUGCCAGUGAGGCAUCGGUGAUGUAUGCGCACUACGCCGCCGGUCUACUAAAAUACCACUAGACCAGGUGCGCUCUGCCUGCGCUGAAAGCUGACCAGGUUUGAAUCGGCGAGCACGAAAAUGUCAUUGCGCCAACUGAUUCUGUCGACACCUCCUCCUACCGUGCCACCAUGCCCAGCUUGGUGCACCUCAGUACGCCUCAGUCUACGAAAAUACCAAACUGGCUGUGCACCGGGCUUCGCCAGACGAAAAAACACUGCUCAGGGUGCACCACCAUCUGCCGCGCUGCCAGUGGGGACGAAAAUAGCGCCCUGUAUGUCAGGGGGAAAGAAAUUAUAUCACCAGAAACUUGUUAGAUGUGAUCAACUCUCUUUCUGUAGUGACUUUUUGUGACUUUAAAUAGAAGUGUAAUAAAUACAAAUAAGAGUUUAUAUGUAGAAAGUUGAGCUGCACUUCUGUAACAGGUCCUGAAUGUGCUAGGAUUGACAGAUGCAAUGACAUUCAUUGAACUCCUAACUGCAUCUUUAUCUUUGAUAAUUUUUUACUUCGAAAAUUUGAACAAAAAAAUAAGAAAGAACCUUUCAUUCAAAAUUACCCGUUUAUCCGAUGUUCUCACAUCUUAAAAUUCUGUGAAUAUUCAAUCUGGAGUUAAGCCCACAUACGAAUAUUAUAGGCUGUAUUGGCUGAAUCUGAUCGUGUUGGUUCGUUCCACUUAAGUGGUGCAGCAUAAACUGUGAUUCAUAAAAUAGCUCUAUUGAUGGUUAGUACUAAAAAAAAAUAUCUAUUCAUGUCAUCCAGUCGAUUUUUAGUAAUCAAUGUUGCGGUGUCGAACUAUUUCCUUUCUGCGGCGUAGUGAUACUUGCACACGCGCAAUCAGAUAUGCAAAGGUGUGAAGCAAUUUUUGUCAUGUGGACCAAUAGGAGCCGAGUCUUGUUGCCAUAGUAUCAGAACAACACAAACAUGGCGACAAGCGCAUCUAGCAGCAAGACAUGCAAAGAGGAAGAAAAGAAAAGGAAAAAAAGAAAACAGCCUUCAAACGUGCAUAAAAAAGGAACGAAACAAUGCUAUAUGCAUCUAUCAUCUGUCCAGAGUGAAGACGUUCUCGACUUUACAAGGAAACUUUGGGAAACUUACAGAACUUGUAUAGAAAGUGGCUUUCUCUACAGGGUGAGACAAAGGACCUUGCAGAAACUUAUAAACAUUGUGUUGAUAUCGACUUUGACAAUGUUCCUGAUGAUGCUGGGUUUCAUUUGACAUGCUACCAGCGAUUUAUUUGUGAAAGGCAUUUGAGUUUGGCCGAAAAGAAACAAGAACAUGAUGCAGCCACGGGUCAGUCAAACCCUUCAGGCAGCAUCGCCGAUGCAUCCACGUCCACGGCAUCUGAAACUCCACAAAGAAACUUCACUCGAGGUCAUAGGCUGUAUUGGGAUAAAGGAAAAAGUGCCUAGAAAGUGAAUUUCGUUCCACUAAGCUGGUGCUACUUGUUCAAUGCAUUUUUGCAUAGACCAUUCCAUUCUGGACUUUGGGUUAAAAUAUCUACUCAGACUAUCUGUCCGACUUUUGUCACCAGCCAGAAAUGUACAUAUAUGUGAGUAACCCAAAAAACAAUGAUAUGGUGCUGCUGUUUUUGCUUGUAGAAACUGCUAUGUUAAUUGAGGCAAGACAAAAUCUUUCUCAAAUGUCAUAAAUACAUCUACCUAACAUCUGAAACAGUUAUUGGUGUCUUAGUAUACGCAUAAGUGAAUUCAGAUUAUGAAAUGUAGCAAAUUUCUUGAAGAAAACGUCUCAACUCAAGUGAUUUGCACCCAGCACAAUGAGAUAUAUACAGUAAAUUUAGCUAAAAGCUUAUGUUUCAUACAUAAAAAUGACACAACGUACAGUGAUUCUGGCAAGAUUUUGUCUUGCCAGAAUCAACAUAGCAGUUUCUACAAGCAAAAACAGCAGCACCAUAUAAUAAGUUUUUUGGGUAACUCACAUAUAUGUACAUUUCUGGUUGGUGACAAAAGUCGGACAGACAGUCUGAGUAAAUAUUUUAACCCAAAGUCCAGAAGGGUAUCGUCUAUGCAAAAAUGCAUUGAACAAGUAGCACCAGCGUAGUUGAACGAAAUUCACUUUCUAUGCACUUUUUCCUUUGUCCCAAUACAGUUUAUUAUAAUAUUCAGUUGCGUGAGCCAAGUUCAUUUUAUAUGCCAACAUAAAUGAAACAAAGUGCCAGGCCAUGGAGCGUAAUGAGUCCUUUACGUACAGGUGGUUCCUAUUUUAAUGCCAUUAUUGGAAUUUAUGUUGUGAUCUGUGCGCACAACCCACCUUUGUCAUGUAGGGUUUAUGCAACUUUAUGCGAGUGUCUUUAUUUGUGGAAAAGGGUGUUUGUCUUACCAGUGGGUCCAACCUUACACACACCAAAUCCCUCUGUGCUUGUAUGAGAGGAUGCCCUCCGCAGCGUUUACAGCAACACUUGUUGAGGAGCUGCCUUCUGUCACCCUUGUGUGGCAAUACUGUCUUCAGACAUCUCUUGAUCUCUUUGACUACUGCGCAAAAAUUGUAAUACGUUUUGCCAGAUUAAAGGUGAGAAGAGGAGCUUAUGUGAUUGGUGAAAACAGGUCUCGGCUGUGUUAAACCUACUCCUAGGUUUAACACACUCCUCCCUCUCUACUACUUACCCUGCAGGGAGGAGCCGAGUUAGGGAGGGGGGAUACUUACGCUAGGCUGCGCUGCUCACCAAAGUACCAAAGUGUGCUUGGGAACUUCUUGACGGCGUGGCAGAUGACUGACUUACACCACGCCGCCGGUGAGGCACGAAAAUAGAGCCCAUAGACUCAGUGAAGUGCUCUUUUUCUCUGCAGGUACUCACUAGAGUGGCUCUCAGAGUCUGACAGCUGUUUUGAUAUCGACACUGUUGAAGGAACUAUUUCAACCAAUGACUACUUGGACAGAGAGACAGCUGUGCAGCACAAUAUCACUGCAGUGGCUACCAAAAUCAGUAAGUAUCCAACCUGUCAUGCAGACACCUCCAUCUGUUUUAUAAAGGAAAACAAUAUGUCUGUGAUGUGUUAGAUUGAUCAAAACCUGAAUCAAACUGUAAUGUUGUUGAGCUGCAGAAAUCCAGUGUGUCAGCAUUUCUCACCUUUAUAUGAACAACUUGAUCAUUACUAAAAAGAGCCUGUCCACAAGGGGACUCAAGCAACAACCGUUUAUAUUUGGAGAUAAAGCAGAAGCACGAAUGUUAAAAACUGCAGUUCCUUGAAGAUUGCCAAAUCCACUAGAGAGCCACUAGAAGCUGUCUGUCUCCAAUGGGGCUGGAAACCUUGUGCAUCCAUUCAAAAAAGCUAAUCUUUCAGCAGAAAAAAAGCAUGUUCUAAAGCAGAUGUUUCUAAAAGGAUGUACGGCUCAUUUCUCUACCAGCACACACUGUACAAGGAUGAGGUUUUAUUACUAUCGAUUAGUUUUGAAAAAAUGAGGUAAUGACUUUUGCAUAAUUUGGAGAAUGGCUUACUUGAGUGACAAACAGUCACACUGUGGCUGUUAGCAAGGGGGCUGAAGGCCUAUCUCAACACCAUUUCAAAGAACCGGUCAGGACCAAACUCUUCCAACUUGAUAGAAACCUGGGUGGAGUCAGCUAACCGAUAUUAUACCAUAGAUGAGCUUCAGAACUUCACUUUAGAAAACCAAUGAAUGAUGUCAGUGAGAUGACAUCCAUGAUUCAGCCUGACUUUGGGGUGCCUAGGUCUGACACGAUGCAAAAGAGAGGAAUAAGAGAAAAUCCACAGAAUGACAAUAGUGCCUCGGUACGUUUGAAGUUCAUGAUAGAACUUCAAUGAACUUCAAACAAUUCCAGUUGCCCUUUCACCGAAGAAUUAGAUUACCAUGUUCUCAAACCAGAACAAAUGAGGGCUUAUCUGCAGGUUUGUCAGAUUUUUGCACACAGUUCAUCACCAAUAAGAACCAAUAACCAGUUAUUUAUAUGUAUUUUAUAAAAGGUGAUAAUGAAGAAGUGCAGGAUAUUAGGAAUCACUGAGAAGGAAACAACAGUAGUGAAUAUUUAAGGUGGUGAAAAUCGAGAGUUUAUGAUGAUCCUGAUUUUGACUGAGUUUGGAAACCAAAGAUGAUGACAUGAACUUGCUUUAGAUAUAGUUUUUACUCCAGUAUGUUCAUUUUUAUCCAGAAACUAAAAUCAGUUGAUUUUGAUGUUUUGAUGCUUCAUUGAUACAGCAUGCAGCCUCGGUCAUCUUUUGCUGGAUUUAUCCACUGAGAAGUUCCACAGCCACACAUCUAUCUUGUCCCUCACACUAAAGCUAAGUAGCUAUGGUUUUAGUGGGAUGUGAUCAUAGUUAAAAAAAAAGCCUUAGGCUAAAGUUGUUUCACUUGGUCUACAUUGUUGAAGUUAUUCAUAUGUUGUGGACCUCAACUCUCUAUCUCUGCACACCACCGAUGUAUGAGUUUGUCAGUUUUUUUGCCUGAGGUAAGAGGCCUCAAUAGAUGAGCAGUAAAAGUGUGUCAGACAGGUCAAUUUCUGUAAAACCUGUAAACUCCAAUUUAUAAUCAGAAACUCUUACAAAAGUUUGUAACUGUAAGUGUUAAUUUCCUCCGCUUAAAAAACCUAUGGUAGUUUAGCUGAAACUUUGUAUUUCUCACUCAGGGAAACUUGGGUAGAGAAAGAAAUGGGCACAAGAUUUAAAUAAACCUUAAGUUUUAUCAGCUUUUUGAUGGAGCAUCCCCAGUGUAAAAAUAAUCCAUGAGAGAGAGGAACAUGUUGAAGUUUCAAGAGGUAGAAAUAUUAUUGAUAGAAUAUUUAUUAAUGGUAUCAAGAUAAUCUAAAGACAACUAUUUCGAUUUUUUUAAAAAAUUUUUUAAAAACUGCAUUUCCAGAAUAAACAUGACUUUAUUUCAUUAAAUGUUCAAUUGUCAUUCAGUUAUAUCUGUUUUCAUCUUAUAUCAAUGGAAAGCAAACACACAAACAAACUCUUUGAAUGCGCCUUACCGAACUAAACACAGAUACAGAUAACUUUUCAGUCAAAGACACAGAUAUAGAUAAUUCACACCUUUAGUUAAGGGAAUCAGAUUACACUUAAACACCUUACCUGUUUACAGUGUUUUACAGACUGACACUCAUAACUGCCAGUGGGGGGCUGAGAUUUAACUAUUUUAGGCCUUGAACAAAUAUCUUUCACAGGUGAGCUGGCUAGACUACCUAAAAUGCACCUGAGACCAACACCAAAAUCUGUCCCUCUGUCCCCUCUGUACAUUCAGAGAGAAGCUGCAGCCCUGGAAACUAAAAUAAGUCCAUUUGAGCCAGCAGCUGCUUACUUCAUCCAGACUGUGUAUACAGUCUGGUUCCCUCUGUGAGCUUCUUUAAUGAUGCAGAAGUCAGCCGGGCCACAGACCUGCCAGCCCUCCUCAUCUGAGAGAGAGAGACCACGGACAAACCCUCUCACUCUGUCACAGUCAGGCAGAGAGAAGUCACUAUGAGCGAGCUAAACUCAGAAUCUUCAACUUUAUUAAAAUGAUUAUCUGGAGAGAGUGUCUAAUGAAGUUGUAUGUCUACACACAGAGAAAACUGGUAUGACAUUGGUUUAUUAUCUGGCUCUAUCUAGUGGACAAAACUGGGGUAACAGGACAUUCAUUCAGGACAAGUAACAAAAUGUCUAAGAGUUCAGAAGCCCAUGUUUUGCAUAUCUGAAAGCAGCUGCAUGUUUAUUUUCUCUGACCUUCUUCUAUGUUUUAUACAGUUUUUUUUACUAUUAUUAUUUGAUCUUUUUAAUUAAUUAAUUAAUUAAUUGAUUAUUAUUUUUUAUUAGAUUUUUUGCUAAAAUGGGUCUAAAAGAUUUUGAAAGCAGAACAACUUCCUCCAGUCACCCCCCACCCCCACCCCAUCCCCUGACUUCUGUAUUAUUUAUUUAUUUAUUUAUUUUGAUCUCACACUGAUAGACGGUCAGUACUCUUUCACUGAGUUCAUUAUUUUAAAAAAGCGUUUCUCUGACUCUUGCAGACAACCCUCUGCUGUUUACCAAAGUGUCUGUGGCUGUCAGCGUCCUGGACGUGAAUGAGUAUCCACCUGAGCUGGCAGUUCCUCCAGAUACCUUUGUCUGUGAAAAGUCUCGGGUUGGACAGGUAAAUUCACCUGGAUCUUCUGUUAUAACUAAGAGUACAGUGGCAAAAUAGUAAGGAGCUGCACAGUCAAAUGUAAGCCAGAGUUUUGUUGUACAAGCUGUUAUGUGAAGAAUUGAACUAAAUGUUAAAAAGGUAGCCACAGCCUGAAUAUAUCAGCAGAUAUGUUUCUAUCUGAGCAGGUGAUUCAGACGGUCAGUGCUGUUGACAAGGACCUCCCUCCUGUGGGUCAGAGGUUCUUCUUCAAGUCCCCCAAGGAGCUCCGGAACAGAAACUUCACUAUUCGUGAUUUUGGAAGUAAGUAAGGGUGAGGUUACAAGGGAAGAGGGAAAGAGGGAGCUGGCUACACACAAAUCCCAGAAAAAUGAAAAAUGUUUGAAUGUUUGUUUAGUAGAUACUGCAGCUAUUAAAGCGUAUUCAACACUUUUCAUCACUUUUGACAUCAACCACAUUUUGAUUAUCCCUGUAUUUGAGUACAACCAGAUCACAUGCAAAAACACCAAUCUUGACAAUCAUAAAAAUGAUUGGUCAGUGUGUCUCUGAAUUACCCUCAAUGCUCUGUUGGGCUGCAGGAAAAAAAAAAAAGUCAACAUUGACAUCUUAAAUAAGGCCACAAGCAGCAAUUCACCGGCCCUCUGGCUUUUGUGUAAGUUCGGGCGAGCUACAACCUUAAGAUAUGAAACAGAACAUCUGUUUUGCAGCAGCAGUGACCAUCUAGUCUUGGUUUUGGUCCUCGUCCCUAUAGUACCGAGAUUUCUCCAGAUUCUCUGAAUCCUUUAAUGAUAUUAUGUUCUGUAGAUGAUGAAAUUCUUUCAUAUUUGACUCUCAGGAACAUACAAACAAAAUCAACCUUAAAAGUUGGAGAUGGUCCUCCAAUAUUUGUACCUUUACAGUCAGUAUUAAGUUGAUGGAGUCAGACACAGGCCUGCAGCCAACCAGGGGAAACAGAGCAUAUGUGUGUGUGCUUUUGAGCAUGUGUACGUGUGUGUGAAUCUCUUUUUAUUCCCACAGUGUACAUGCGUUAAGAUUUAGUUCUGUCUUAGACAUCUCAGACCAUAACUUCCUUCUGUCUUUGUACACAGAUAACACAGCUGGCAUUGUGACCAGGCGUUCAGCCUUCCAGCGCCACCUGCUGGAUGUUUACACUCUCCCCAUUGUGGUUGAAGACAGUGGUUACCCUGCUCAGAGUAGCACAUCCACCCUCACUAUUCGGGUGUGUUCAUGUGGGGCAGGGGGCUCACUGCUCACAUGUUCAGCUGAAGCCAUCUUCCUGCCUGUGGGCCUCAGCACUGGAGCUCUGAUGGCCAUUCUGCUGUGUGUGUCUCUGCUGCUGGGUAAGCUCCUGUCUGCAGGAAAAACUGUUUGAAAAAGACACCAGAGUACAGCAUGAAACAUUUGUAGAGUCUACACAGUCUGACCAAAAAGGUAGCACUUAGCGGGUGUUUGAACUUUGCUGUGUGCAGGAACAGGCAGCUUAAAAAAAACACAGCAGGUUCAGAAUAUAGUCUAAUGACAGGAUGAUGGAGUCAACAAAUGGUGUAGAAAAAAAGCUCAAACAAGGUCUUUAUAUCUGAAAAGGAAAAUGAGGCAAGUCUGACAUUUGGAGAAGUUUCUCAAUUGUUUGUGACAAAGAUGGAAACAAACUGGACCUUUUAUUUGUGACAAAUGUGAAAAAAUACUAGUCUACAACAGACACAGAUCCGGCACCUCUGGGUUGAGGUGACACACCAGAGGCCUGUUCUACGAAGCAGGAUUACUGCUUAGCGAGGUAACUUCGAGGAUAAGUUUGGGGUUUCCUGUUCUACGACGCGGGUACACUUCUUAGCGAGGCGAGUCUCCAUAGCAAUAUACGCUGAACGGCUAACCUGCUCCGGGGCAGGUUAAGUUCCAGACUGAACUCACCGAGUAUAAAAACCCCGCCCACUGACCAAUGAGCUCUCUCGAAAAAUGGCUUGUCCGUUCUUGGAGGAUCCUGUACACCUCGGUGGUCACAUUGUCCGAGGAGCACUCCGGCUCGCGCGAGUUUUCAGGGAGAGUUUUCUCCGGAUGACCACCUUUAUGAAAGGCUAAUAUGGCCGACAUAUUACACAAAACAUGUAAACACGAUAGGAAUGAACAAAUGAAUGAUUCAUCUUGGGAAUGAAUGGGCAUGGGCUGCGCGAUCACAGACAACAUCUCGGUACUAUUUACUAGCAGCGCACGCCCCUUAUAAUAACCCUGUAAAUACUGUUGUUCAGGACUGCUUACUUGUGCUUCCUACCCACUGUAACAACCGUUGUUCUUGCCCACAUGCAACAUUUUUAUUCUCAUUCAUGAAACGCUUAAAUCAGGGACAUUUUCGGGGACAGCGUUAGCCGGGGACAGAUCAUCCAAUUCGGGGACUGUCACCUUAGUUAAAAGCGCAUGUUGAACAGUGCUAUUUCAGGGUGAUAAUGGCAUCAAAGAUUACUUUUCUGCCAGUCUUCCCUCCGUGAUUUUGCAGCGGCGACGGUGUUGCUUUUGAGGUUUGUGAUAGCUUUCAAUUCUUCAUACUUUCUCAUGAUCGUCUCCUGUUCCUGGUUUGUAAAGUCUGCGGUCCUUCACUCUCCUGCCUGCUCUGAUGCUCCAGACUGAUCCAUGUUCGCGAAUGGUCAGAUGCGGCGGGCUCCGCCUUAUAUGUGUGCACGCGCUCAUAGCAGAGCUGGAUCCACUUAUGAGGUUGAUAACCAGCGUCGUAAAACCGUUCAGCGAGACCGCUGGCUACCGCACUAAGUUGAGCGAGGUAGCUCCAAGGCUACCUCGCUAGGUUGAACCUGCUUCGUAGAACAGGCCCCUGCUCUGCCCUCCCUGGUCAAAGUAAGCUGCUUCUCCUUACACAAAAAACAAGAAACUACUGAAAAAAGUGUACUCUCCAGACACAUGACUGUAUGACUUAAUUGCCGGGUCAGUGUUUGACAUAGUGCAACACUUCAUAUGUUGUCGCUAAAUUUGAUGUAAAAGACGUUUUACCCCAUCCAACUAGUGUAUUCAGACAUGUCGAGGGGAAAGCACAAGCACUGCGGGUGUCAGCAGCACCAGUCAUCGAAACAUAUGGACGUGCCAUCACAACUAAUAUAUGGACAGGGAAUUACCAGAAAAAUCCAUUCAUAUCCGGAACCAUCCAUUAUACAAACAACAACUUUGACCUCAUUUCCAGGGUAUUAUUCACUGCUCCCUUUCGAGAGUGAUGUAUCAAAAAUUCUUUAGUUUGAAGCCCAAGAACAAAACUGGAGGAAUUUUUAGUUCACAGAUAUAACAUUUAUGUAGGUCACUGGUAAAGUAAGUGUUCUGAUUAAAUGAAAAUAUCCACUAGGUUGAAUUAGUUAAGUGAAAAAGUAGAAAUCUGAAUCUGAGGUGAACAGACAGUGAGUUUAAUGAGUUCAGUGGAAAAGUACAAAUCUAAAGUGAAUGAAGUAAAAGAGAAUUAUAAAAAUCAAAAUAUAUGCAAUAAGGUGUAUAGUUCCCUUAAUACAGAAUAUUCAGGGUUAAAGUAGUGUCUCUGUGUUUACCACUAGAGGGCAGCAGCAGCCUGUGAGGGAUCUCUUAUUAUCACCAGGGGGUGGUAAAGUACUCUCAGAGGCUGACUCUUCUUUCACUCCUCUUACACUCCAUCAUCUAAUUUCAUUUCUCUUACAGAGGAUUAUGGUUACAUAACCACCUGUCCACUACAGAGUGAACACACAGAAGUAGUGUGAACAGCUCUCACAGUGUCUAUUAGCGGGUGUGUGUUCAUGAGUGUGUGACUGAUCACAAGUCAGAGGAGAAUCACAGUCUCUUCAGGGCAAUGUCCCUUCUUUAUUCUCUUAGUCUCCUUUUCUUGUCCUCUGUGGAGGGAGAGGACUUCUAAAAGGGAGCAUACUGUGAGAAAAUAAGAGGACAGACUAAUAGCUUUACACAAAACACUGAGUGUGUCUUCAUGGCUGAGGGAAAGACACAGCUCCUUAUAGAUGUCAGGAUGGUGAUCAGCUGUACAGAGAGACAGAGCUUAAGGACAGGUCUGAACUGUCCCUGGUCUUCUUCAGAAUAUUUGAGUCCUGGGAGACAAACUCCAGUAUUUUUUAAACUCACACCUUAGCUCUAGACUUAUUAUAGAGGACCUAAAAGUGCAAUUGGUUUUGAAAUCAUUUCACCAGACUGCUCCAUUAUGCACUUAAAACAGCUGUGAAACAUCGGUCCAAUAGUCCCUCUUGCACAUGCUGUUGUUUUCAUUGAAUGGUUAAAUGUUUGAAAGAAAGAAAGACAGAAAGAAAGAAAGAAAGAAAGAAAGAAAGAAAGAAAGAAAGAAAAAGAAAGGCGGGGGGGUCGAGAGAGAGAGAGAGAGAGAGAGAAAGUACACCUUUAUUUGGCUGUAUUGAAAUUACCUGAAUCACAUGGUCCUAAUAUGGUUACUAAAUUAGACAAGUCCAACUACUUGUUGCUAGUUAAGCGGCACACAGCCUGGGUGCUAAGUGAGGUACAGGACACAAAAAGGUCCCUCGAUUACUCAAAGGUGUGUUGUUGGCAUAACAUGAAUCAAAGCAAUCAUUAAAUCUAAUCUUAUUUCCUUCAAAACAAUUCAGCUAAAAGGAUAAGGGACUAUCUGAAUUACCUUGUAUGUUCGUUUUCUUGUAAGACAAAGCAACCUUUCAUAAUAAGACUUGUUGACCUCUAUGGAUCACCUUUUAGAUGUGUGCCAAACAAAGAAACAAAUGAAGAUUCCACAUUUUCUCAGAAUGUUAAAAAAAACCUCAAUGUAUCCACACACCUGGCAAAAGAACUGUGUUUCUUGGGCUGAUACACUGAUGAAAAAAAUCUAAAAAAAACUCAAUGUUGGCAAAUCUGAGUUAGGACGUAAGACAAGGUUUUUGUUCGUCUAAAGCACAAACACUUUUUGCAUCUCCAGAUAGCAGCCCAUAUGUUCACCUGACCACACCUGAUCUCAGAACACAGGGCACUAAUGCAAACCAAACUUCUUAGGUUUAAACAAUUGCUGGGAGUAAAAAAUGUUAACUGUCUUGAGUGGUUAGUAACAUUAACAGUAGUGCUAUAUACCAAAUCUUUUGCGUUGGGUGUAUGAUUGGACCCUAACAAGUCAAAGAGUAAGGGCUUGAUUUAAAUUAAAGAUAUUAAUGUUUUGAAAAAAUGUGCUCUUGUUAAAGGCCUGGUGAACAUUUUUUCACAUGCCAUCAAAAUAUAUUUUUCACUUUUUUAAAAAGUUCAUUUCAUCAUCUGCCUGUUAGCUUUUUAUCUUCAAGUGGGACUCAAUCAAUAUAUUCAUCAGGGAAGGUUUGGCUUAAGACUCCCUGAAGUGAUUUUUGGAUAACCUUUGCAUUUGACUUUUGCUAAUUCUCUUUUUGGGUAAAAUAUAACAGAUUAUGAGAAAUCCCCAGAGCCUAAAUAUUUGUUUCAUCUGAGUCCUGACAAAAUUCGUUCCCUGGAAACUAAUUUAAUCAUCAACUAAUUUAGACGAAUCAGACAUGAUCACCAUGUCCAGAAGGCUGGGAUUUAUGGAAAGCUGCAGCAUCUUGUAAGUACAGUCUAGCAUUAACCAAAGACACAACAGAGAGGUAUAUACAGCUGAAAAGCCAGUUACAACAAAGCUGUUAAAACGGGGACAAAAAGUGAGAAAAAAAGUCAUUUAAGAGGUAUUAUAAAGGAUGAGUGACUCCUGAGUUAAGAAGAUAAAGCACAGCUGCUCUGAGCAUGAGGGCCGAUUAUUUCACCUGUUUCUUUCUCAGGGUUUGAUACAGUUAGAAAUCAGUUCUUCCAAUCUUUCAGAAGCUAAGAUCUCCAAUCUUUCAGGUCCAACUCUGCUAGAGAAGGAGCAGAGCAUUUAAACCAGUCCCAAAGUUAUCAGGAGGAUAACUUACGUCUCUUACUGUUUCUGAGGGCUCUAUUUUCGUGCCUCGCCAGAGACGUGCCGCAGCGGAAGUAAGGUCCGCUGCACCGACAAGGCGUUCCCAAGCACAAUUUGGUAUUUUGGUGAGCAGCGUUUGUGUGUCCAAACGUGUGCCAAACGCGCUCACCAGAUCAGAUUUAGAUCAGAAUAUAUCUAUAUAGAUCUAAAUGUAUGUGCUGACUUGGAUUAUUAGUUGUUGAUGAUUAUUUAUUGCACUGAAAUGUGCCUGACACUGCGGAAACCUGCCGGUGAGGCAUCAGUGACGUAUGCCGAUACGCCGCCGGUCUACCAAAAUACCAGUAGACCAGCUGCGCUCCGCCUACGCUGAAAGCUGACCAGGCUUGAAUCGGCAAGCUUUCAGCGCACUUUAUACGCCACGGUCGAGCACGAAAAUGUCACUGCACCAGCUGAUUCUGUCGACACCUCCCUCUGCCACACCACUACGCCCUGCUUGGCGGACCUCGGUGCGCCUCACUGGCGGACAUGAAAAUAGAGCCCUGAGUCUUAGUUAAAAGUGCUGCAGCUUUUUUGGCAACAGCUUGUCGGAGUAUCAAUAAUCUGGGAGGGAAUAAGUGAGGCGCGCACAACCUUUCCCAGGUCUGCAGAGAAGCUGGAGGAAACAUGACUAAACUCUUACCUGUUCUUCACAGCCAAAGUGUGAUUCAUAACUCGUACCUGCUAUUCACAGGUAAGAUGUGAUUCAUACUUCUGCUCAUAAUCAACAAGUUUCAAGAUAUCCUGAAGGAUUCUGAGUGUCUUAUAAAUAUGUUGACUCUUUUUCAACUCUCCCUCCUAUUAACUCCAGUCAACAUUUAGCUUAAAGUAAGAGUUAAGUCACUUUAUAAAUCCUCAAAGGGUAAUUCACAGUUUACACUGUACUGUUAUACAUGCUGCAUAAACAUACACACACACACACACACACACACACACACACACACACACACACACACACACACACACUGAAUUGCAUGCAGAUUCAGGAUUCCCAUGGAUAUGUGCUAAUGACAGAGACAUGUCACAGUGCUGGCCUUGCUACCCUCAUUGCAGCACUGUUGUGAGCUAUUGGGGGUGGUUCAGUGCUUUGCCCAAGGGCACUUAGUCAGUGCUCAAGAGGGUACCUGGCACCUCUCCAGCUACCAGGCCAAAGUCCAGAUAUGGCCCUGUAAAACUGUCUCAGAAAGAAUGAACAUAUUGACAGUCAUGCCACUGAGACGGAGUAGAGAGCUAGCCAUGAAGCUACUGCUGCUCAAACCUUCAACACUGUUACAUAUUUAAAAAAAAACAUUUCAAAAAAACAAAGUGAAAAGUACGGAAAACCAGUGCCAAUGAAAACCUGCCACCGUAAAACAAAACUUAACAAACACUUGCGUUAGACUGAAUUACUACCAUUACCGCUUGCUUACAUAUUACCACUGCUGACCGAGAAAAAUCAUCAAAUACUGCAUUAAGCAAUUGAACGUACUGUUGAUUAAUGCAGUUAUUAGCUGAUGUGAAUAAAAUGAGUCAGAACUGUCUUCACCAAGCUGUAAGUUUGCAAACGGGUUUCUACAACUCUGUGCUUUGCUCAGUCUGUCUUUCAACAAGCAUGCGCAUAGUGUGUUCGGGCCAAACAUGUCUGAGCAGGUCGGCCUUGUAAUCAGCUUUGAACAUACACUGACUUUUAAGUUGCGCUAACUGAAUACACCUCUAUGUCAAAUUUAGGCAGAAAUAUCUGUUGAAAAUUCAUGUAUUAUUGAGUUAAGACCAUUUUAUUUUAUUUCAUUGAGACCAACUUAUUAAAUUGACUCGUUAUAAUGCAUACACAUUACAUUUUUUUUCAUGUAGAAAAGAAAUCUCUAGAUUUUGAGCUGUACUUACCAACCCCAUGAAUCAUUUUUUAGUGUGCAGUGAAAAAACAGCAGAGGUUCCUUUUUUUAUUUUUUUUCAUUUUUUUAACAUUUAUGGAGCACAUGAGUACAAAGUGUCUGUAUUCAUAAUUAUGUUAUAAAAGGCCUAUGUACCUAUGUAUUUGGUUAUGAGUUCUGACCAAGUCCAUAGGUCAACUUAGAGUUGGAACAGGGUUCAAGUCUAUCAGCAGCCUGUUUCUUAAUGUUGUUAUUGAAAUAGAUGUGCUGAACACUUCUGCACAGUCUGCUGAUUGUCACCUUAUCUUCUUGAUCAGUUCACUUUGUAACACAAUGACAGUCAUGUAUUUAUCCCUGUAUAAAAGAAAAGAAAAGAAAAGGAUCUAAGGCAUUUUUUUUAUGGUGACACUUUUGAGACCCAUCCUACUUUAAUGAAAAAUCAAAAAUAGGUCCCAGCAUGAAUUAAACAGCUUUUCAGUAAAUCACUGUUUUCUAAUGAAUCACAGUUAUCAAAGUCUGUUGGUUUUUAUUGUAUCUGCAGCUCCUCAGUACGUACAUAGUUGAUGACCUGUAUGCGCCUACUAUGGUUUUAUUUCUUACUGCAGUUGAGUUAGGAAGGUGCCACCUGCUUUUUUCCUCUGUUGAAUAAAAUCCACAAUUAUACCUCUUCUUUGCAGACAGCACACCGCAGUGUUGGAUUGUGCUGCUCUUGUAUUGAGCAGUAAAUUUGAUUUUAGUUUCCUUUUCAUAUUGUCCCUUCUGUUCACAUUUCUGGGACCUUUUUACAAUAAAAGGCAAAGGGUGCUCGUAACAGGAGCAUGACUUUUAUUGAUGUCCUCUCAUAUGAUUUCCACUGACCUGCUAAAACAUCUUUGUUAGAAUUUCUGGGACAUGGUUUUUCUUUUCUACACACACCAGUUGUAUUUCACUGUUAGUUUUUCUCUCCUCCCCAAGCAGGCAGAUCACAGAAAAGCCCUGAUGCAGACACAAGAAGGUUUUCUGUUAAUUCUCCCAAAGAGCUGAACAAGCUGAAACAUCAUAUAGCCCUGUAGGUUGUGCAGCCCCCAUUAACCCAGCCUUCCAUCACACUAUGACCUUGUUUGGUUUCUAUAGCACAAAGCCUGAGGGAAAGCUGUUUUGUUUGCGUCGCUGUGCUCUGAUCCGUGGUUUAUAAAGGAGAGGAGCGAGAGGAGGAGCAGUUUCUAAUCAGACCACUCAACUUCGUGAGGGUCUACAGUGAACAACUUAUACCGAGGGAGGGGAUGUAGUCGUUGAUUACUGACCCUUUGAAUGCUUUCUCAAUUAGCUGAACAAUAAGGUGCAGGCAUGCUGCUAGUAAAUGUAUGUCCCAAAUUCAUGCAAUAGGGGGCCUUUUUGCAAAGUGUUGUGGCAUACAGUAGCCUAUGCAUGACAUUGUUAUUUUCAACCUAGUGCACUCCUCAGUUUUAUCCCCACACUAAGUAAGCAGCACAUAAACUUAAGCCCAUAAUAGCACCCAAGGUGUGAGUUUGUCUUCAAAUGAGAUUUGGUCAGACCCUAAGGCAGGGUUCUGCCAGCUUUAUGCAUCAGCCCAGUCCUCUGAUCACUCAAGGCCUUUUAACCUUACAUGUUCCAUACAUGCACUUAUUUACUUUGCAAUGUGCUUUUAAUUGUGUGUUUGAGGCUAUUUGAAGCUAUUUAUUUAUAUGUUGUAAACGCAGCAAAUAUGAGACUACCCAGCUGACUUGUCACAAGGCUUUCUCUUAGCAUGGUUUCACAGAGUAGUUACAUUUUUGGGGGGUUGCAUGUCAGGGUUCAUACGUAGGCUUCUGCAUAGGUACAGGCAGUUGUCGAGUUGUGAAAAAAAAAAGCAGGGGUUAUGGUAGAUUUUAUUCAUUGGGACAGAUAUUUUUUUCUGAUGACAGUGCACAUGGAGGGAAACAAACUGUGUACCCAUUUUAUUGUUGCUAAAGCACAAAAUAAUUAUUAUUUUACAUUAUCCCUCAGAACAAGCUGUCCAUGUCACUUGGCCAUAAUACUGAAAUGGCAACAGCAUCACUAGCGCUGCUUUGCCACUUACUGACGUCAUUAAAAAGAAAAAAAAAAAAGGUGUCAUCUUCACACGUGCAUUCUCAUCCAGAGUAUUUUACUAGAUAUUUGCAAAGCCCCCUGUUGCUGGGUUCUCACUCAAACAAUCAAAAUAUAAUGUAUAAUAUACUGUACCAUACAGGGUGACCUCAUAUGUUUAAAACAGGGGAUGGAGUCAGGCUUUAGUCAGCAGUUGAAUAAAACAAGCACAUUUAGAGUGACUCCUCUCAGCCAGCCUGUAGUGUUGUGUAUUACCGGCAUUGUGUGAGUGUGUUGACACGUGAGUGCAGUGCAGUGCAUCUCAGGGCUCUUGUACGCCGGUGAGGUGGCGGAGGGUGGCGGACCCCGCGCAGUUGUACUUUCGUCUGGCAGAGCCCGGCGUACAGCCAGUUUGGUAUUUUCGUGGACUGAGUUGCACGGAGGCAAUCCACCAAGCUGAGCGUGGUGGUGUGGCAGGGGGAGGUGUCGACAGAAUCAGCGGGCGCAGUGACAUUUUCUUGCUCGCCAGUGGCGUGUAAAGUGCGCUGAAAGCUUGCCGAUUCAAACCUGGUCAGCUUUCAGUGCAGGCGGAGCGCAGCUGUCCAGUGGUAUUUUGGUAGACCGGCGGCGUAUCAGCAUACGUCACCGAUGCCUCACCGGCAGGUUUCCACAGUGUCAGGCACAUUUCAGUGCAAUAAAUAAUCAUCAGCAACUAUUAAUCUGAGUCAGCACAUACAUCUAGAUCUAUAUAGAUAUAUUCUGAUCUAUAUCUGAUCUUAUGAGCGUGUUUGGCACACAUUUGGACACACAACCUGACCAAAUCAACACAGCUGAAACUGCAUUAAAUUAAAAUAAAUAUCAAGUAAAUAAGCACACAUGAUGAAGUUAACAAGAUAUGUAAUUCGUCUCCCUCCUUUUCUUUCUUCCUCUUCCACUUAUUUCUCGCGCAGCUUGACCUGGACAUGUCUCCGUGUCCUCUCUCUGUCCUGCUGCAGCGGCUGAACAGAUGAUUUGUUUCAGUGAUCAGAUGGGUUUAUUUACUCUACACCUACAUACGAAUAUUAUAAUAUUCAGUUUUGUGAGCCAAAUUUAUUUCAUAUGCCAACAUCUAUGACAGAAAGAGCCAGGCCACAGAGCGCGAUGGGUCAUUACGCACAGAUGGUUCCGCUUUUAAUGCCAUUUUUGUAGUUUAUGUUGUGAUCUGUGCGCUCAACCCACCUUUGUCACGUGAGGUUUGAAUAUGUGCAACUUUAUGUCAGUGUCUUUAUUUAUGGAAAAGGGUGUUUGUCUUACCAGUGGGUCCAACAUUACACACACCAAAUCCAUCUGUGCUUAUAUGAAUGAGUUUGGAGGACGCCCAAUGCAACGCUUACAGCGACACUUGUUGAGGAGCUGCCUUCUGUCGCCAUUGUGUGGCAUUACUGUCUUCAGACAUCUUAUGAUCUCUCUGACUACUUCACGAAAAUAGUAAUAUGCCUUGUUGGUGACAGAUUUAAAGGCAAGGAGAGGAGCUUAUGUGAUUGGUGAAAACAGGUCUCGGCUGUGUUAAACCCACUCCAUGCCGGGCUGCGCCGCUCACCAAAAUACCAAAUUGUGCUUGGGAACGCCUUGUCGGCACGGCAGACCUGACUUACGCCGCGCCUGCGGCAUGUCUCCGGCGAGGCACAAAAAUAGAGCCCUCUGUGUUUAGUUUCAGUCAGUGUUUAUCCUCACAUUCAGAUUCCAGCUAAGCAAAUUAGGUUCAGUCUGACCUGGGAGCAAGUAGUCAUCCUGUGUGCCUUUACCCUAUGAUGCAUCAAUUCUUCUGUUUCUGUACAAACACAAACAAACAAACACACUAAAUCAAGUUAUUUUCAUUUCUAAACUUGUGAACCUGUCUCUGUACAGUGUUUAAAGUCUUAAGAAAAAAGAGAUCCAGGAUUUUGAACACCUGUCUUACCUCCUGUAGACACACCUGUCCAAUGCAAGCCUUAUUCGUUGGGUAGUUUUUGGUUUGUGCAGCCCUGUAAGUGUUAUGACUGUCAGUUUUGAGCCCUCACAUUUUUCAAUUUUCGUCAAAGUCAAAAACAUUUUUUUUAUUUAAAAGAUUUAGAUCUGGGACAACAGAUAUGAUCCUACUGUGGCUGCUUUCAACUAUGGCUAACAUGCUCAAGUGCACCUUAGUACAAAAACAACUAUGAAUAAAAUAUUCUGAGCCAAAUUAAAUAUGAUUUAUCAUGCAGUUUAUGCUGUUGCAGGAUUUUAAUCAUAUUAUGUCACAGUAAAGUUUGAUGUAUAAAGGAGACCAUCACUUCUAAUCGAGUCAUAUACCUUUUCUGGACUUGUAUAUUACUUUGAAUUACUUAAAGUUAUGACAAUAAUAAGCUGACAUUGAUAAAUUUAUAUUAUUUUGCACUACUGACAUGAAUCUUAAAAGCAGCUAGUGGUAAAGCUGAGGAUGUUAUCUAAAUUUAGUAGUAUUUUGUUACUUAUGCAACAAUUUAGGCUUUGUGUGUGGGUGUGUCCUUCUGUCUCACUCAACAAAAUUUGCAAGAUCAUCAGGAGUAUUCAAAAUGUACCCGUGGUUGUUUUAUUUCUAUCAUGGCUUAGAGAAAAAAAAGUGUCUGUAGCACCUCUUUAGUCACUUAAAUAUCUAGCCUCUCUGGUGGUAUAAUAAAAUCAAAAUGGGUUACCACAAGUACAGACCUUCAAAUAAGUCUCUUACAGAUCCCAAGUUGUGUGUUUAAACACAGUUAUACCUGGUUAUCCCAAACUAUGGUGGUUAUAUCAUGGUCACAAUGAAGACUUAAGCAUUUUCAGAGCGUGUACAAUCUGUAAAGUCUCCAAAAUUUAAAGGCAGGUUUGACCUUCGUGUCCCUAGCUGAUUAUAUCUACAUGAAAAUUGUUUCCUGUAGCCACAGUACCAGUUCGAGCCAAUAGGAAAUCGCAUGCUUUACUCUUAUGUACUCGGGGUUUCAUUGAAGGACAUGUCUCUGGUUAGGGCCAUCUUGCCAUGAAACAUAAGUUCUUGUAACCCCUCUGUACAAAAUUCCAUCUGCUCGAGAUUUCAAAUAUGAAAUCAAGAGCCAUCCCUGAAUACAUCUAUAUACUAAGUUUUUACCCAUAGUACUCAGAGCGCCACCUUCUGGAAAAGAGAAACUCUGGCAUUAUUACACUGGUUUGAUAAUGGUCCCAGUCUAAUUGCCCCAACUUCGAGUUAGAUGCCAUGUGAGGAUCCUUUUAAUAAAAUGGUGAAACGGUAAAUGGACUGUGGGAUCCCUUUAGUAGAGUAUAGUCACGUGAUCCUGGUGUGAGAAACACACACAUAUAAAUAUUUGAUCUUUUUGUGUCUUGCAGUCGUAGCAGCUCUGUACAUGGGCCAGAGGCGGCACAAGGAGAAAGAGACUCUGAUGACAUCUAAAGAGGAUAUCCGUGAUAAUGUCAUCCACUAUGACGACGAGGGCGGAGGUGAGGCGGAUACUCGUGCUUUUGACAUGGGCACCCUGCGCAACACACACCCACAUCGCAGCAGCACCCUCAGCACCUCACCCCAGAGGGAGAAAAACGGCUACGGAGACGGCGUCCUGUUGCAUCUCAGCUCUCGUUCAGACAACGUCAGGACACCUGAUAUACACUGCCAAACAGCCAGCAUCAUCGCUGCCGUGAACAAAUCUGCAACCCUUACUUCUUGUGGCAGAGUGACUGAGGGCGACGCAGAGAAGAUCAGGGAGUUCAUUGAGCAGCGGCUGAAGGAGAGUCAGCAGGGUUACGCAGCCCCGCCCUACGACUCUCUGGCUACUUAUGCCUAUGAGGGCAAUGGCUCACUAGCCGGCUCACUCAGCUCCAUCGAGGAGUCGUGGGUCAUUGAUGAUACAGGGGACUUCAGCUCUCUCGGAAACUGGGGACAGCCGUUUCAAACUUUGGCCAACAUCCUGGACAAACAAGCAUUUGAUGAUGCUGAAGAGAGCUGAGAGGAAGCUGGAGUGCACAGGGUGGAUAUGUUGGAAUUACCCCCCUUUUUUAGACUCUCUUUUUUUACUGUGACAGGCACUUGAAAGAGUGAUGUGAAGACAGUUUAGAAAUGUGUCCGUAUGAAGUAGAGGUGUGGACAUUUAGCUGG